GGAAGAGAGCGGAGACGAGCUGCAGGACGGGUUUUAAUCAGUGACACAACAUGGACUGACCAAAGAGGGGGGUGAACAGCAGCACUACCAAGAUCUGUCUCCUGACAGCGUGAAGCCCGUGUAGUGUUUAUAGAUACCAGGCAUGUUCAAUGUUGAACAAAUUACGAGCAGGAUUCAGAGCCAAAGUUUUUAUUCCAUCACAGCUCAUAUGGGAUGUAAAACCACUGCUGGAACGCGCAGAGACAUCAGUGUUUCUAUUGGCUGUGCGCAGCGUCGCUCACAAGGAUGACGAUUUUGCUGCUAUAACCAGCUGAUGCUGAGGCUAUGUACACGGAGCCUCAGAAGAAGUGUUGACGGUACAUGGAUACCCCGUCAUCGCCGUUAUGCCUGCGGAUUCGGUCUCAUCUCCGUCCACAGAUUGAGUGAAGAGGAAAUCUGAUCCAGUCACGACGCACAGGCCCGGGCUUUCCCCCCUUCGUCCUGCCGCUCCACAUGAUGUUUCAUCGUCUUCCCACAUCAUCAUCUUCAUGAGCAUGAUGCUCUGCGCUUCACAGAUUGAGCUUGAGGCGACACAUCACGUUUGCAGGUAAAAGGGAGCUUUAUUGGUUUGAUGUUGGACGGGCUGCGGACUAUUAUUUCCUUAUCCAUUGUAUGGGUUACGUGCGUUAAUUACGCUUAAUUAUGGGGUGAUGGGUAAAUGCCGUGUGUGGAUCUUGUUGUGCAACCCUGUCAUGAACAUGGUCCGUGAACAACGUUAUAAUGUAUGCACUGGUUGCUGUGUAGGCUGAGAAACGCGUGGACAGCGGUGGAAUGGUGUUGCGCUCCGCAACGCAGCGAUGAGAGAGACGCAGUUUCGAUGCAGAGAGAGCAGCAUUACUAUUCUCUCUCUCUCUCUCUCUCUCCCUCUCUCUCCUUUUCUCUGUUUCUCUCUCUCUGCCUCUGUCUCACCUCAUAAACACACGCACACACAUACCUCGUGCACGCAAACACACGCAUCUGCCCGUUAAAUUCACACUCCUAAAGUCUCUCUCAUCAUGGUGGUUUUAUUUUUAUUUUUUUACAUGCAAACACCAACAGGCGUUAGUUGCAGGUUUGAUGCUUCAGUCUGCUCCGUCAAUAUUUUCAGCACUUUCUCAGUGAUGUGUCCACCUUGUUUCCUUUUACCAGCUGUCUGCCUGAUGGCUGCAAGGAGAAGCAGCAGCUUAUCAAUUAACCCACCCUGUGCUGUACCCGUUUUUUAGGAACACUCUUUCCUCUAGCACACGAAAUAAUGCAGAGCUCCAGUCGCAGGCGUUAAGAUGUCCUUAGAGAGCAGAUCUGGUACGGAUGUUAUCACUCCCCAGAGCAGCACCAUAUUCUUAAAUGACUAGCCAUGGAUGGCCUCAGCAUCCACCUUAUCACUUCUCCUGGAAAGACUUUCCUGUGUGGAGUGUACACUGCAUAGGAAAACGCCCACACAGGCACAUGAGCCAAAUCAACAAAGUUGUUUUUCGGUGCUGAAUAAAUCAAGUGUUAUACAAAUGAAGUUGGACUGAUACUGUGAGGAGCUCUGAUGGUUUUAGUCCAACUAAAUUCGCAUUACAAAAGAGGCGUUUAGUAACUGUGGUCAGUUUUGGAUGAAUGACAGGAGAUGUGAGCCUUUGGAUGGGAUUGUUCUCAGCUUUUUUGUUGGUUUUUCUUGGACAAAAAUACUUUUUUUUAUUUGCUGUGUGUAUAAACGCAGAAUAUGUUUUUGAAAGUAGGGAGGAAAGCAAACUAAAAAGGUCAAUCUUAGCCAUGGGAGGGUUUGAGUUUUGAGAGUUUUGAAUCAUCAUACAGAAUUUAACCCCUUUCAGCAUUAUGAAUGGGGUAGAUCAGAGUUUUGCAGGUUGGUAUGAAGUUGAUACAAAAGCAAGUGAAGCUGAGACUGAUGGUUUAGGCCAGAGCAUCAUCAGAGUUAAAAUAAAUCAACCUGAGAUUGACAUAUAUCAUUAAAUUUCACAGGAAUCCGUCCAGGAACAGCUGCUAUUGCUUAUUCUUGGAAAUAUGUCUGUGGUUGUGAGGCACAAGCUAAGUAGGUGUAGGUCCAUCAUGGUCCCCCAUCUUAAUUUGAUUUAUUAGCAUUUUAAAUGUUUUACAUGCACUUAAACACAAAAGUGAAGUUGAUGCUGUUAAAAUGAGAAGAGUUGUACAGCUAUUUGGUCUUGAAUUAAGGUAAUGCAUCGUUGAUAUCAUCAUAAUUCAGCACAAGACUGAACCGAGUGUCAUGCCAAUUUAUCUGGUGACAGUGUGAACACUCCCCUUCAAAACAUAAAUGUAAACUUGCCGAUUUGCUACAGAAAAGUCAAGGAAGAGGAGGACAUCAUCCAAGAACUGUGAAUGUCUUUUUACUGUGACAGAAACUGUGAUUUCUGAACAAAUGAGUAAAAGCUUUGACCAAGAAAAGUCAUAGAUCACUAAAGCCCCCAGGACUCUUGCUUUUGGCUCACUGAACAUUUCGAUCAAGUGUGAUGGCAACCAGCUCCAAGUUGGCACCAAGAAUAUUUGCUCUAAAUACUGACCAAAAUGUUUAUGGCAAUCCAUCAGAAAUGUCAAGACACAGAUUCACAUUUUUGUCCCUCCCUGAAAGAGUCUUCGUCUGAAUGUGGCGCAAAAGAAACGGUGGAUCAGCGUUAAGAUCAAAGAAGUUAAACUUGAUGUUGAUUCAACAUCAAGGGAAUGUACUAAUGUAUGGACAACAUUUUUGUAACUAUACCUCUGAUUCUCAUUCAGCCUGAAACUAAGAGCCAAUCCAACUACCUCAUUACACCUUUGCAGAGCAGGAUUGGUGUAAUAGUGCUGCCAGACAUUUUACUUUCACUCUCUGGACUGUCACCCUCUCAGCUUCCUUCGGGUUGAGUGUGGCUGACAGGGAUGGAUGGGAAAGGAUGAGAGUGUGGAAGUCAUGCUUAAGUCAUCCAUAAUUUAAAUGUGUCCUCAAGGAAGUGUGCCUUCCUGUACAUUUACUCGUCCUACUUAGCCACCAUGUGUACCAGGAGUACUACCAGCAUGCAGAGGAUGAUGGGAAGCUGAACCUUGGAGUGAUCUUUUUCUCUUUCUCUUCUAACACCUUGUUUUUUUCUCUUUAUCUCUAAUCUUUUCAGGUUAAACUUCAUUUGGAUAGAAGUACAAGACAAACAACCUGAAGACAUGAAAUAAAGAGUGUGCUGAGACAACGGGAACAACUCGAUCCAUAAAUAAAAACUGACAUUUAAAGGCUGGAUCAGAUCUGCAGAGUGAAGGAGAAAGAAGACAAAGUGGAGCGGGAGUCAAAAUGGGGUGUGUUCACAGAUUUGCUACAUUUCUCCUGGACGCUUCACUUCACUCCCUCAGACGCUGGCCGAAGCAGGAGUAUCCUCACUAAAACAGGAGCAGCUAAUUUCACCUGCAGGAGGAGCCCUCGCCCUCGGUGAUGUGAUGAAUAAGUUUGAAGUCCUUGGCAUUGUGGGAGAAGGUGGGUGGUUUUACACAGCAGAUUGAACUGCAUGUUUGUUGAAUGUGUGUAUGAACAAUCGUUAACCUUCAGCUCUGAUCCUUGUUUCAUAUUCGCUGUAUUUUUAUGGGGAUUUGGAGCUUGAGGCGCAUUGCACAAUGAAAAGCUUAAAUCUGCAAAAUGGUUAUCAGACCAUAUCACCAGUACGUCCCUGCAACACUUUUCACACGGUGCAGAUUCAAGAGCCUGAAAGGUUGAUGUUUUUCUUGGAGUAGUAUGUAAGUCUUCCCUGCUGUCCUUUCACAGCAUUAGUCAUUUGUUUGCCUUAAAUUCUCCAGCAGUGCCCUUGUCCUUUUUUAUAAACCUUAUCUGCAGAGAAAAGCAGACCUUUAUCUGAUACAGGUUUCGUAUAAUACACAGAUCUCUAUUCCUGUAUUUGACUUUCAUGAGUGUUUGUUUUUUUAGCUGAGAGCCCUCAUGAUGAUGUCCCAUUUCUCAUUCAUGCAAGCUCUAAAUACCAUCUCAACAUUUGCAGCACUCAUUCAUCAGUGUUACAACAGUCAUGCCAUGUUUAGCACUGUGCUGGUUUUUCCUGCUCCUCGGUUUUAUUCAUUUUCUCAUUUAUUGUUAUCUUUCUAGACAUUUUUUAAGAAUGUUACAUGAGCAAAAUUAAACCGUUUUCCUUAAGUAAAUUUUGAACUUUAGGCUUCAAGUUUUAGUUUAAUGUGUCACAGACUAAAGCUUCCCCAGGUUAACAGAAACCUACACCUAACUGUCAUCAAAAAGGUCAACUCAGUGAGUUUAUGCAGCAGCUUAGUGAGUCUUGAUAUGGCUCUUCUUACUGAUUUUAUUUGUGCUGAGGAAUUUAGUGUUAAAGUUAAUUUUCCACCAGAGCAGGUAAUUUCAGCACCUGAUGGUUUUUUUUUAACCUUUUUAGCAACCCUGGCUGUUACUUGACAGGCUUGAAUUAUCGGUAUACAAGCUCUUGGUUUAGGAAUGAAAAAGUAAGCACUGGUUGUUUUAUUCAUGGAUCUCAUAUGUCAGACACAAAGAUGGAUGCAGCUUGAGGGCGGUACAACUUGGAAAUAUAUGUGAUAAGAGGUCAGGAUAUAUAGUUUAGCCUUUAAUGUAAGAGACUGCUAGUCAAGUUACAUUUUGACCAGUUAGCUAGUAUUACUUUAUUUACUUGGGACCAUAACUUGUCUGCAAUUUUCCAAUACUUCAUCUGGCAUGGUUUCAAUCUGGAAUCCGUCCACUCAAUAUUGUCACUUAUUCUCACUGUACCUUUGAUGCUGGUGGCUUGGUCUGCUUUUGUGGGUCAUGAAGAGACAUUACUUUUGAUGUCUGCCUGUGUGUAAAUAAAAGCUAAAAACUCCUUACAGGAGCUUUAAACGUGAACAUCCUAAGAGGUUUCUGGAAUGGUUUUAAAGGCUGCGAUUGUAUUUGAAAAGCAUGCAUUUGGACUGGAGUAGGGACACCUCAAUUUUCAGGAGUGAAUGGAUCAGUCAGCCUAACUAUAUACAUAAUAAUAAUAAUAAUUAUUAUUAUUAUUAUUAUAAUAAUUGAUAUAAUUCGUCAAUGUGUAGCAACAGUAUGCUUUUUUUGUUUAACUUUUCUCAAUGUUUCCUCUGAGAAAAAGAUCUUUGUGUACAUCUUUUUAUACUUAUAGAGUUUGACAGACUUUAAGAUUACGUUUAGAUGUUUUAAUCUUUGACAUGUGUAAUUAUUCUAAUACAUUCUGACUAAAAUUCAUUCAUGAAACACAAGUGUUCCACUGAAGAGCGAAACACUGGUCAGCUCCAGCACUAGUGACAGUGAUGGCUUGCCCAAAAAUCAUAUUAAUGAGGAUAAUAUUUUAAGCUUCCAAUAACGCCUCAUCCAGGUCUUUUACACAUCAAACCAUGCAACCUUCAUUUCUUGCAGUCGGCUGCAUCAUUCCUCUCUGAUUUGAGUGCAUUGAACUGACGUGCAUCCUUGGCUUUCUUCUAAUGGAAGAGGACGGAGGUUACUGAAGUGCAGAUAAUUCUUCUCACGAACACUCCUCCACCUCAGAACUGGUCAGCCUCAGAUGUCAAAAAGACAAACACGAAAAAAUAUAAAUAAAGCGUUACUCUGAUAUUGUUGCCUUUUCAUGACAUACAUGAUAAAAUGAGAUUAUCAGUGACAAGAUUGGUUAUUUCUUUAUUUCUUUAUACUGAACUCUAGCGCCUGUGUAUGGGUCAGAUUCUCCAUGAAAAAAGCCAAGUCAAUAUUCGACACUGACCCUGAAGUGUCUAUAUUUAAAACUCUGCUGGUAAAGUUUGGCAGUGAAAAGUAAGUUAGCAAGCAGGAGGAACUUUUUGUUUUCUGUAGAUAAUUUCUUUUUACAAAAUAUCUUGGACUCAUGGCUGACACUGGAGCAAGGUGAGCAAGUAGAUGUACAUUUUCUGUGGAGGUGUUGUUUUCGACAGAGAAACUGUACAACCAGGGCAUAAGAAGAAAGUUAAAUUACAUUAUUCAGAUGUUAAUUGAGAGCACACAUCAUGACACGAGAGCAGAGAGGGGUAACAUUAAACUGGUUCACCUGGUCACCUUUUAAAAGCUAUCUGAGAGUCAUAAAUGAGAGUUUACAAGCUUGGUUAUCAUUACAUAACAGCCAAUACUUCAUGUAGCUACAAAUCAAUACAUUACCUCAUCACUCUGCAUCUUGUAAAAAGUCUGCCUGAACAAAAAAAAGUGAUAUAAAACAGCCGAUCUUCAAUCCGUUCAUGUGCUUUGGCAAGAGCUGCAUCUUUACAACAGUAGGUGAUGAUGUACAUGGGAAAUGAAGUCCUCCUGAAAAAAAACAUGACCAAAUUUGUCAGAGGAGUUCAUCAGAAUCAACACCAGCACUGAAUAGUGACUCCUCAAAUGAUCUCAGUCACUCUUUGUUCUUGCUUGUAGUCCCUCUUAGACAAGUGUCAUACAGUAUCCUGGAUAAAUGUACUUUCUUUUAAUCCAGCUUUACUGUCAGUCACACUUCUUACAAUGAGUUUUAUAAUGAAUAAGGUUUUCUUGUCUGUUUGGGUUACUCGUGACUCAACCAGAACAUUUUUCUUUGGAUUCAUAAGUGAUGAAUUCUGUCCAAAAAAGGACUCCAAUCCUCCUGAUGAUCAAAUGUAAACAAACACCAUGGCCAAAGGAGACUAUAUGAAUGAGUUUAAAGAUAAUUUAUAGAUUCUUGCUCCAAAGGGUAGUUUCACCAUCUUAAAUAUAGUAAACAGAUAACAGAGAGAGAAUAUUGAGACAACAAAAAUCAAACUCUGGCAGCACUGAAAUAUUUAGCUUCAACUGUUCAAGUCUGACUCUUUGCCAAGCAAACCCAUUUGGAGCCAGUGACAUGAAUUCUUAAUUAUAGACUAACCAAGAACAUGACGUGCUCAGCAAAGACACAAACCUGCAGGGACUGAGUGUGUAUGUGUAUCUGUGGUGUUAGUUGUCAAAGGUUUGUGCAUACGUGUGUGUUGAGUGUGUGGGAGAGUAUCUUUGCUUCUGUCUCACCUAUUAGCUGUUCCUCUGCUUGUUCUCACCUACUGCUCUUGUUUUCUAUGAACAUGUUUGUUCGAGGUUUAGGAGUUCAAAACAUAAUUAAGAUGUCGAAACUUAACACACAUCUCAGCCUCCUUAUUAUUGAUCUUUCGUGUCUUUUUCUCUUUUUCCCUGUGCAGGAGCAUAUGGAGUGGUGCUUAAGUGCAGGCAUAAGGUAAGACAGCUCUCCUCAUUUCUGAUUGGCUUAUUUCUAUGACAAGAUUAGAUUGUUGCGUUGUGAUGUGAAGUCUAAGGCAGGUCUUGUUUUGUGACGUUUGGAUUAAACAAAGUCUUUAGUCACCAAUAGUAGACUACUUUUUAUGGCAUUUAAUCUUUGGCAGAAACUGCGCACAAGAAAAAAAACUACACAAGGUUGUAAACCUGGUCAAACAAAUACAGGCCCUUUACCCAGAGGACUUCUGCCUGUGAAACCAAAGAACAAAAUGGACUCAUGUUGAUUAUAACAACACAAAAGGAGCUGUUGUAAAAACUGGACUAGGGGUCCGAUUGGCAUGUCAGACACAAUCUGUUUUGAGGAGCUGCCAGAAAAAAAGAGGUUUAAACUGUGUUCCUGCACAAAGACUCCCAUUUAUUUCAGCAGGGUGCAGUUUCUGAGCAGAUGUGUCGCUCUUUCUAUUAUUGCCACCCUGCCAGCUACUUGUACAGUGGUUGAGCACAGCCUAUGGUGGCCUUGAUAGUUGUGAGGUACAGAUGGACCCACUACCCGGGACCAAUACACAGAUUUGCACCACCCUCUUACACUGUCUUGCGCAGAGGAGUCUUUUCAAUCAAGCAGAACUCCAGUGUUUCCUUUAAACGCAGGGUUACAAUCUCAUGAGGAAGAACAGCCUCCUCUUCACUGGUCUGCCUUGAAAAGUAUUAAGCAAGCGGACUGUUAUGAGGGCCUUCCUCUGGGUAAAAUACUGUAACCUUCGUUGAAUCAACAUUAUAAGUCUUCACUGACUGUGGAGCAAAGAGAUUUAGAGCUCCCCCUGCUGACUGGCUGCAGCAUAGGUCAUAAAGCCAGCCUCCCCAACAUAAACAUGGGUCAAGUUAUUGAAUCAAAAUACCCAACCAAUUGAAUUCAAAUGGUUUCUGUGGUUGUAUAAAGCUCUUAUGGUGCUGUUUUUAAAGUUUCUAACUGUAGUUGUUUCGUUUUAGAAAGUUGGUUGAAUGACAGCUCUGUUGAGGAAUGCAGGAACAAACAACAUCAUCAGAGUCACUGAACUUUCCAUAUUGCUUCAACUCAUCUGUUUUUCUGGGGACUGUACUGACCUGAGGGAUCUCACACGUUUGGUAGAAUCUCCUUCCUCUUCCAGCCAGGUCGUCGUGUGUUGGCUGCACAAGUACAAUAUGUCUGCUGUCACGGAAGCAGUCUUUUGGCCUGGUAUAUCAUGGGAGGAAAUGAAAACACAUUGUCCAUUCUGUCUGCACACAGGCUUGGAUACACUGUCCAGAGUUUGCACACAACUCCUCACAAGCUUAAACCAUGUGAUACUGACCCACUCUCACACACGUUUAUUUAUGUCACAUUGUACGCAUUAAUCAGAAUAGCUUCUGAGAAAGGCGACUGUGUUACCUACGUGGCUCUGAGAAAACAUAUUUAAAUUUAUGCCAUUAAUGUGCUCGGUAUGCAUGAGAGGGGGGCCUGCUGGUGUGACUCAUCCAGCACUUCCUACCAUACGUGACUGCAUGAUUCCCAGCUCAUGUUUUGCUGAUGUAUCCUCCUCUACUCGCUGAUUCUCAGAGUUCAUAGAGCAAAACUGUUCUCUUAACCUGUAAAGUUGUUGAGUGAAUUCAAAAGAAGAUUAAAAAAAGAAAACAUCAUAGCUCUUUUGUACGAUUGUUUCACUUCAGUCUUUUGGGCUAGCCACUUUUAGAUAUGUAACUUGAGGGGGAUCAGUGACAAACAUUACGAAAUAGAAGUGACAGUUGUGGGGCCCUUGCUGAUGCUCAACAGUCAGUUGCAGAAAGGACUCAGUUUGACGGUCCUUUGCUGCGUUUAAAUUCAGGGGCCGCACUGUCCACGGGUGCAUUUAAUGACCAAUGGCGUCACAGCGGUGUCCAAUUUCAGAGACUCCUUGAAUGUGUCCUUGAGUACAUUGGAUGCAUCUUUCUUGGCCAAACUUACACCGAUAUUAAUUGUGCUCUGAUUCAAGUGACUCUGAGUUUUAAUUCAAAUGUGUAUUAUCACUUCAACUCAACCGAGAAGCUGCCAAUACGAAUGUUCAAAUCAGAUGAGGCCUUGAAUUACUUGAGUUAUAUUACCUUGCUCUGUCGCAGCUUUUGUGGUUGCUAGGUGACAAGAGAGCAUUAGGUUACAAGAGGGUAUUAGUAGAAACAGCUAAUGAUGUGUUAAACAUGUCAUCUUCCACAAUAAUAUCUCAUGUAGGAUCUGUACCAUAAACUCAGACUAAAACUAUGUUAGCAAAUGCCAGCACACAUUUCUCAUAUAAAAUAAAGGCUCUCACAUUUCCAGGAAAUAAAAUUUAAGUAAAAGAUAGUUAUGACUUUAGGAUGUUUUGUUUAGAUCCUAACAUGAGGCUGAAUCCCAUGAACCCCCCCAGUAAUUGGUGUGCUUUGGUAGGGUGACCAUACGUCCUCUUUUACCUGGAAAUGUACUCUUUUUUGGAGGCUGCCUGGCUUUGUCCGGGGAAGUUUAUAAAAUCCUUCAAAUGUCCACGGUUUUGUACGUAAGUUUCGAGUUUGUGUCACGUGGACUACCUGAGUUAGAAGCGCGUAAAAGACACUUGAUCGGACCUGAAAAACUCUCAAAAUUAACUUUGUGCGACUCUGUGACUCCGCCCCCACAUAGUUGUGUCCUCCUUUUGUGAAGUCAGAGUAUGGUCAUCCUAGCUUUGGUUAAUUCAACAUUACAGUAACCUACCUUGAAUCAGUCAUCUUUCCUCAGCAUUUAUUAAAAAUCCUUAUUUGUUUGCUAGAUUUCUUCAUUUCCAGUUAGCAGGCUCACUGAUAGAGUAGGUCAGUGUUUAAGUUCACUUUAACUGCAGAACAAAACUUAUCUGCUUCUACAUAGUAUAUGAUUUUUAGUGUCUGAAAAUGGUGUAAGUGGGUAGGUGCCAGCCACGCAGCCAGAGAAACCGUCCUGUGUUUUUACAUUAUCUAUUAAGUACCGUCAAAAUAAAUAGGACUUGGCUUCAGUGAGGAGAUGGCAAAAUAAGCAAAGACUGCUUUGUCCACAGGGGGAGCCAAAAUUGACACAAACCUUAAGUUCCUCACUGGAGCUUUCAGUAAGAAGGGUUAUUCAAAUUAAAACAAUAGUAUUUCAUAACUGAUAUCAUUUUUUGCUGGACUAUCAUAACCAUAAAUGCUCUUGUUUACAUGUUUCCUUUCAGUCUUGUCUGCAUGUAUCUGCUGAAUUACAUUUUUUCAAUCACUCUUGAAAUAGUCGUGGUGUGUUGAUGCCUUUAAGAGCAGUAAAGUGAGAGGUGUGAAAGUUGAGCUAUUCGGGUGGUGGAAAUUCAUCAACAUAGUCUGAAUAAAACACCAAACUGAUCAGUGAGAAAUAAGGUUAAUGGCAGAUUAAUGGAACUCUUAUUGGUGACUGCACCCAAGCCUCAUUAGUGAAGUGAUGUUUAAUCUGAAUGAAUGGAGCGGUAAUUGCAGAGGUGACCCAUAAAUGACGACACUUCCUUUUGAAUUUAUUUCAGGAUUUGGUAUGACGCAGUUUACCUGUAAAACUCAUUUGACCUUAAUUGUUGUUGAAACAUUUGAUUAAUAUUUUAGGACGAACACAAGGGUGAAAAAUAAUCGGUUUGGUGACUCUUUGUGCCUUCAUGCUUUUUAUUUUUAAUCAAACCUGUACCAACAGCAGCAAAUACAAAACAGUACUGGAAAGCAUGCCGGCAGCUCACAAAUGCCAGACGGUGAUCAGACAGAAAGGGUUGAACAAAAAAAAAAAUUGCCCUUCAUUGAAACGGACCCAGACAAAUUCUGUCCAAAAUAGAAAGCCAAAGGCAGGGUUUGAUGAAGAGUUCAGUUUGUGUGAGUCACACUACUCCCCACUCUCUGUGCCACAUUUUUACUGUCACUGUCUUUUAAGUAAUUACAUCAGGCAGUCCCACUUAAAAAAUCACAAGAAGCAGAUGACAGGCUCUGACAUGACUGAAGAACACAGACUAGAUAUAAAGAAAACUAAAUGGGAAAUGCCUGAAGACAGUGGAGAGCAGUGGUGGAGCCAGGGGGGUUACUAGAGGUGGUCAAAACCAGCACUGAUAUUAAAGUUAGUUUUUAGGUUUGUGAUUGAACAGGCUGGUAGUAUCAUCUUUGCACUUUCCUGUCCUUGAAAAGUUUAAAUUGGCAGAUUUGAAUGUUGUCACUCUGUUAAAUUGAAACUAUAUUAAACAUUAUAACAUUAUUUGAAAUCUUAAUAUUAGAAGUUAGAGUAUACAGUACAGUAUGGUUGAUUUGUGAGAAUAACAUUUCUUGAUGUGGGUUUAGCCACAGAUUAAAGGACUGAUCCGUGUCAGUCCAUCAAAACAUGAUUUUUAUACUGCGUCAUGAUUUUGAAGAGUCACUUAAGUUUUAUCUGAAUACCCUGUGGAACAAAGUGUGUCAUAUUUCAUAUUAAACCAGUGUCUUUAAAGCUCCUGUGAGGAACUUUCUGGACACCCCCUGUGGGUGAAUUAGUAAUCCUUUUAUCAUUGCUAAUUCCAUGUCAUCUUUGGAAAAGUUGGUGUUAACUCAUCCUGAGUGUGUUUCUUUAGUGCACUUCCCCCGUUACUGAAGUGACAGGCAUAAAAACUUCCAGUUUAGACAUCGUGAAUCUCAUUAUUGAUGGUCUCAUUUGCUUUUAUACAUUACAGAGAUGCAGCACAGUGCAUCCUAGUCUGUUUCAUAGCCUAUAAAAGCUCUUUACAUGAGCUUUAAUUACUAUUUUUUUACAUUAAUAAACAUCAACCUCAAUCUACACUGCAUAAAUUGAAGAGUUUGUUGUAAAUGUGAGAUUUAACUGUGAAGACCAAGAGGGGAAUAGAGUUUGCUUCUGCAGAUAUGUGUGUCAUUUCAUUCAUCAGAGGAGACAAACAUUAAUUGAAAGAAAUGUUGAUGUUAUUAAGUAUAUUAAUCAAAACAUUGAUUCCUGUGUUAUAAGGGAAGGCUCUUUAAAUGAAUCAACUUUAGUGAAAUAGUGAUAAAAACAUGUAUGUGUGGAUGAAAGAACAUGCUCUGCUUUAUCUGCAACUCCCAACUUGUAUAUUUCAUUUAAGUUUUAAAUCGGUGCCUCUUUUAGCACAUUUGUGAACAUAAAUAACAUACUCAUGAAAACACCUAACUCCCCAUGUGGAGUGAAAGAGGGACUGAGAGUCACAUCAGAGCUGUGUGGUGAUGGAGAGUGUUAGAGUUGGAGAGAUAUAUUUUAAAUGUUUAAUGCUGCUGCCAUCCCAAUGUUGCUUCUCAGAGAGAUUUACAUGAGGAAUGAGUGAGAUGUCAUGUUUGGUUUCAAUUUUGACUCCUGCUUUUUUUUUUCAUAUUGUAGAAAUUUGGUAUUUGGAGUAAGUUUGAAAUCCCUGCAUGCUUGAUUCCCUGACUAAUUCAGUCAGUCCGUCCUGCACUUUACAACAGAUUGUGAGAAAUUUAAACUAAACUUGGAUGAAAACAGAGAAUUUGUGCCUCCCAUUUCAUGUGUUCAUUCAUUAUGAAGGACUGAGUAGGCUACUUGCUGUUUGCCCCGUGGUGGCUUUUUUCCCUAUAUGUGUAAUUUAUGCAUGCUUUAUAUUUUUAGGCCCUACAUUCGUCUCUUGACCAGGAACUUCUGUCACCGUUUCCUUCAUGAAGAAUUUAAACUAGCCAUGAAUUAUAAACAUUGAGACAAUUUUCAAGAUAUGCAAAUGCGUGCACUAAACAGCCAUGAACAGAAUGACGCGGUUUGCAGAACAUGAAGGUUAAAGAGAAAGUUGCCGCUGCACAGAGGCAGAUGAAGCAAAACUGAGGGACAAUCAGCGUCACACCAGGCGCUAAAAUGGGGACAUAACUGUCAGCGAACGUGGGAUUUGUUGUCUUGUUUCCCUGUUGGCACUCUGGAAGAUGUCUCUCUGGUGAAUGCUGCAACUGUGCAACGAAUGCUUUUUAUUAACACUAGAUCAAAAUAAAUAAAUACUAUUAAUGCUUAAAAUAAAAUAGGUUUCUCCUUUCUAUACACUGCUGUUUCUGCAGAGGUUGUUUAACAGUUGAGAUUGCUGAAUGGCUGUUGUACUCGCCACUUCUUUAUAAAGCAUUUCAGGUGGUAUCUGAGGGAUUUAGUAUGGUGGUAACCAAAAACAACUUUUUAUUUUUUUUUAAGAUAGUAAUUAUGCAACUUACUGAAAGAUUUUUAUUUGAGAAUAAAAUAAAAGAGUUACAGCAUCAAACCUGAGAUUAAAACACAUAAGCCUUUGUUACUAGUGUUGUCUGUCUGUGUCACCUGCAGAUGCACGUUUUUCUAACAACCAUGCAGAUCUUAAAAGGGGAGACUCUGGGCUCCUUAAUCAUGAAGAUGUUAUUAAAAUCACUGCUGGAAUCUCAGGUUGUACUAAGAUUAAAAUGUAGAGCCAGUUAAAUGAAACCUUUAACUAUUAAGCCUGGCUCUCUUAAUUUUAUUAGAUUUAAGAAAAUCUUCAUUUUGUACUCAUUUGGAUACCACCGAUAGAAGCGUGUUUUUGUCAAGCAUGUCCUUUCAGCUGCACAAUGUUACUAAGAAAUGUUAUGUCUCCAAGUGCAGGGGAGUCAUGUUCACAUGUAGAGCCAGAGACUUGGACCAUGGCAAUAAAAGCUUUUAAGCUUUGCUGCAAGAGAGCAGUUAUUUUUACUUUUCUCAGCUGGAAGCAGGGCAUGAAAGAAAAAGAGUGGCAGAGGGAGAGAGAGACAGGGAGGUAACGUGUGUGUGCUGGAGAGGAGUUAUGUGCAAGGGGAGGUAUUGAAUGUGGAGACCAUGCUGACGGUAAAUGGGUCACCCUGUUAAGAGUCUACAGCAGACCUGUGUUUGGUGGAGGGAGUCAUAGGGAAUCUGUGCACUGGGCUCAGACCCAACCAGGUGACCCAGAAGAGACUUGAGCUGUGCAUUGAAGUCAGAGUACAUUUUAAAUAUGUAUUCCUUUAUAAAUGAUGUAUUCAGUACAGUACGUAUUUAAAGGUAAAUUUAAUUAGAUGUGCGACUGUGUGCUUAGGUUUGUGCAAUGUUCUGCCACUUUAUGGAAGUGUUGUAUUAGCGUAUGUGGGUGUGUGUACGGAGGCUUAUGUGUUAUCCUGAAUUUGUGUUUUUGGAGAGACAAUAGCUCAACCUACACACUAGCCAGCAUUUCCUGGUGCCUAUACAGCAUCUCUUUUCUGUGUAAUAAUGCUGGGGGGAUAUGUUAAUUAAAAAACAGGCCAGUGGAAAUUAAUCAGGCGUCCUGUGAUUAAUGAUUAACGGCCUUCCAGCAUUACAAUUUUUCUUGAUUGGUUUUUGGCUACAGGUUAAACAAUACAAGCUGUUCGCCAGCCAGUUUUUGUUUUUUUUAGCUCUUUGAACACCACGUGCCAUUUUUGUGCCGCAUGAUAAUUAAAAACAAUGACAGUAACUUGCUAAGUGCCCGUCAGUUGUUGUUUUUUUGUUGUUGCGAAGUUUGGUCAAACUUUUCAGAAUCAGAAUCAGAAGGGGUUUUAUUGCCAUUGUCAAUGAACAGGAUUCCCAGAUGAGGAAUUUUUUACAGCGUGAUGGUGCAACAUUAAACAGAGAAAAAUAUAUAAAAUGCUAGAAUAAAAAUUAAUAAGAUCAGAUCUGAUCAGAUAAAAUGACAGUAUUAUGAUAAGACAAACAAAGUCACUCUUGCCAGGACUCGCACCUGGAUCUUCCACCCAAAGGAUGGCUGUGUUACUUUCCACCACAAGAGUUAUGUUUUGUUGUCUUUUUUUUUUUCUGUCUUCAAAAUUACGCCCAAUAAAAACAAUGCCACCCAUAGGCGGAAACAAUACAGGAUGGCUCUGUUUACUCACACACACAUUAACACACAUUAAACACACAUUAAAUAAAAAACUAAAGAGCACUCUUCCACUCUGCAAUGGUGAGCCCAGAUGCUGGACAGUACCGUAUACCUCUUACUUGGGUGUGGCCAGUCGUUUCAGUCUUUGACUGACCAGACAUUUUGCAUACAUAUUGGUAAUCUUCUUUGGCACGUCUUUUCUUCUGAGGCUCUCCUCUAGUCAUCCGCUCCUGAUCCUCCUACCCUCAUUUUUAUAAUUACAUACUUGAGUAUUGUUUGGAAGAAAAACAAGAAAAAGAAGAAGAAAGAAAAAAAGGAUCCAAUGGCUUCAGCCUAUCAAUGGAAAAGGCCCAUGACACCUGAUUUGCAUAACAAUGAUAACCUGUAUUUAACAGACAAGUAUUAUAUUUAAAUAGAAGUGAGUGACAGCAACAUCCACAUUUAAAUGGUAUAUACGGCAGCCUGUGUUGCAUUUACGAUGUUACAUUCAUUCAUAGCUGAUUUGAAUAAAAGAGAAACAUUCGAGCCUAACAUCCAUGUGUAAUGUGACAACCAGGACAUCGUGUCUUUUGCAGAAAAUUAGCAAGCUUGAGGCUAUUUUUAGGUGUGCUGACUUAACAGAGGCACGAAAGGUAAAACAUCAGAGGUCAGAGACAGCACACAUGAGCAUAAUCAUGUUGAAGGAUGCUGCCACAGUGCUCGAAAUCUCGCACGUGCUGUGUAAUGUUGGUAUGUGUGUGUUCUAACUUGCCUGGUAAACACGGUAAAUCUCCCAGUUUGCUAUGCUGAUAGACUUCCCCUCUCUGGAAAAUGUAACUUUACGCUCAGGAUUAAGAGUUUGUUAGAGUUGCAAAUCCCCGGUUUCAUUUUUCUGCAUAGUGAAAAUCUCAAAACAGACAGCAUUGUAUUUAAAAAACAGUCAGACAAUAGUCUUAUGUGAGCCUCAGCACUGGCAGCACUCACAGCAUGGCUCUUGUUGACACUGAAGCUGACACUGUUGUUUGACCCUCCAUAAACAAAGGGACCUUCACAGGGACAGGAGAGCAGCAGAGGAUGAGGGACACUAGUCUGUAUGUUAUAAUUCUCUCUGGCCUGUUCUGUCACCCAUAUCAGCCUCAGGGUCCAACAUCUAGACUGAACAGACACGUUUCCUAUUCAACUAAGCAUGUGGGGACACAAUGUCCCAACAACAUUCACAUCCACAAGUUUGAUAUCAUGGAUGGGAUUAUGCUCCUCCAGCAAAUCCAUGUUACUUCUACUUAUCUCCCAUUAAAGAUGAGGUAUCAGAUUAACACACCUGAGCUGUCUUAAUGCAUGUAUUAAACCCUCCCUAAUUUUAGGGUGAGUGGAGUCUCAACCCUGAUGUUUUCCUGCCAAUGUAAUGGUUAAAGUAAUCGAGUAAAAAGCAGCAGUAAACAAGUUAGUCUGUACCCUGUUUUUAAAAGAACUGAGAGUCUCUGCACACAGACAUUUUCUGCUACUUUAUUCCAGAGACUCGAAGCACAAAAACUGAACGCUGCUUCUCCAUGUUUGGUCCAGACUCUAGGGACAGAAAGCAGACCUGCACCAGAUGACCUGAGCAGUCUGGAUGGUUCAUACUGUACUAGAAAAUCACUGAUGUAUUUUGGAUCCAAACUGUUCAGAGUUUUAUAAACCUGCAGCAGGAUUUUAGGAUCUGUUCUCUUAUGAACAAGAAGCCAGUGUUAAAAAUCUUAGAACUGGACUGAUGUGAUCUACUUUCUUGGUUUUGGUGUGGACCUUAGCAGCAUUAGAUGGAGUUGUCUGAGUUUCUAGGGACUGUAGCAGUGUGGACAUGUUUUUCCAGGUUCUGCUGGGAUGCAAGUCCUUUAAUUCUAGAUAUUUUCUUCCGGUGAUAGUUGGCCGACUUUGGAAUCAUCUUUAUGUGGUUUUUAAGGUUCAGGUCUGCGUCCAUUACUGCACCCAGAUUUCUGGCUUGGUCAGUGGUUUUAAACUGUAACGUCUGAACCAGCUGAGAGACCUUUAAUCUGCCCUGUUUGGCUCCAAAAACAACUACUGUAGUUUUACCUUUAACUUGAGAAAACUCUUGCACAUCCAGUCAUGUAUUUGCUCAAGGGCACUUAUCAGCACAUUAGUGCAAUAACUCAUUAUGUCAAGGGACCAAGGGUAUAUCAGAAUCAGAAUUAGAAUCAGAAAUACUUGAAUAAUCCCCAGGGGGAAAUUGCUUUUGUUACAGAACUCCAGUGCAAAUACAGUAAAAGAGGAGAUAAAUAAUAGAUACAAUAAAAGAUAAAAUAGAUAAAAAUAAGUAAAAAUAUAGAGAUAAAUAGAUAAAAUAAGUAAACUAAUUAAAAAUAUAGAGAUAACAUACAAGUAUUUACACUAUAAACAACACAAAUAGUGACAUCGUAUGCAUGUAAAACAGUGAGCAGAGUCCAGGUAAAGACUUCUGAUUUAGGGUGUCAAAGUCCCUGAGGGAGAAGUUAAAAAGUCUGAUGAGCACCGGCAGGAAAUAUUUCCUGUGGCACUCUGUGGUGCAUCCUGGAGUGAGGAGCCUUCUGCUGAAGGUGCUCCUCUGCAGGACCAGUUCACUGUGGAGAGGGUGACAGACAUUGUCCAAUAUGGAGUGGAGCUUGGACAGCAAGCUCCACUCUCCAUAAAUGGAGAAAAAAAAGUAGUGGACCCACAAUUGAUCCCUGAGGAACACCUUGGAUAAAGAUGAAAACAGAAGAUGGUAUACUUGUAGCAAGAAAAAGAGAAUAGAUUGGAUUGUCUCACUGCAUCUGUGUAAACUAAAAUAAAUAAGCCAUAAGUCUUUCAUGAAAUAUAAUCAAGAAGCAUCAAACCCAGCGUGAAUAAUAAUGUUUUUGCUAGCUAUCAUAUCUGCCUUCGUAACAACUUUAAUUUGACACCUGUACUGCAUGUUGACAAAACUAUAUUAUUACAUUUGCUGCAGAAGAUACCGGCCUCAAUAUGUGUUUCUGAAAUCAUUAUAACCACUUACACUCACAGAGGCUAACUCAUCCUUUAGGAGCAGACACUACAGGUUCAUUACAUGCAUUUUUUUUUAGUCGUAACUCUGUGAACACAACUUCUGUUGCAGCUCCAAAGGGAUGUGUGUGUUUCUUUGUCUGCUCAGGCCAAAUAUCAACAGUCUUCCUCCAGUUGUGCAUGUACCUUUAACUUACAUGGACAACAAUAAAAUUACAAACCAGGACUAAAGAAGUACAGAAAGUAUUGUUGCCAAUCUUUUCUUAGCUAAAGAGCAGUGGCAGUAAGACAGCUUUUGUUGCCCCAAGGAUCCAUCAGACAUUAGAUGUAUUGUUGAAAAUGACAUCGUAAUACAAGCCUGCAGUGUAGGCAUGAAAAGCAUGUGCCUGCGUGAAUCACCUGCAUCAGCCUAUGUUGUGUCUACUACAGCUUUUCUAUUUCUCACAAAUGAAUCACAACAGCAGAUGCAUUUUCUCUCCAAAUUCCUCAGUCUCCCCUCACAUUUGUCAUGAGUUAUAUUUAGCCUCUGACACUUCUGCACUGUUCAUUAAUCUUAACCUUAAACCAGAUAUUUCUCCCUUACCAGCUUCUCAGCAGAGACCAUCAACUACAUUUCAAACACAGCACAGCAAGGAAAGAUUUAAGCUGCUAUAACUUCACUGAUAUCUGAGCCCUGGGACAAAUGUCACUGCACAAUCAGAAAGAGGCUGAAGAAGAUGCAUAUUAUUCACUAUGAAGACAAUAUGCAGGAUUUUAGUGUGCAAGUGCCCUGUUUCAUAAUAAUUCAAAUGAGAGAAGCAGCAUUUCUUUUGUUCUGGCACUGACAGUAGCUUGGACACUCUGAGAGUGGGCUGGAAAUGAAUAUCUAGUUCCUUUAUUUCUCCUUUUAACCUCUUUUUCUAAUCUUAUUUCUUCUUUUUGAUAUAUAUUGGAGACUUUUAGGAGUCUUUCCGAUAGUCGAUACGCUGAUUUACUUUUUUAGUCUUAACUCACCUUGUGUCUUUGUGUCUUUACAGGAAACCAAUGAGUUGGUGGCCAUUAAAAAGUUCAAAGACAGCGAAGGUGAGUGAGGCAGUGAUGGAGAGAGAAAAGGAUGGAGGGGAAGAGGAAGAGGCAAACAGCUGUUUCAUGUCUGUCUCUUCUAAUUCUCUUCAGAAAAUGAGGAGGUCAAGGAGACGACACUUCGGGAGCUGAAAAUGCUUCGGACACUGAAGCAGGACAACAUCGUGGAGCUGAAAGAAGCAUUUCGCCGGCGGGGGAAACUCUACCUGGUCUUUGAAUAUGUUGAGAGGGUCAGUAUAAUAUUAUUUACAGCUUUUUGGACAAACUCAUUCUUAGAUUACAUCGCCGGUCUGGUCUAUCUUCUCUCAGGAUGCUGAGACUGCUCCGUUAAGCCUAAAAAAAAAAAAAAAGCAUCACCAUGGCAACAUAUGAACUGUGCUGCUGGUGAAUAAUGGUAUUCCCCACUGUGUUGCCAGGGUUUUCAGCCAAGUGUUUAUUUCAUGACUGAUUUUUUUCAUACUGUACUCUAGUCAUCAAAGCGCGGUGUCUCCUUUCACUCUCUGUCAGGGUUUGAAAAAGAACACGAGCAGGGAGGAGUCCCCACUGAAAGAGGGAAGAUGGAGGAAAGUUUGAUUGUUUUAAGAUGCAGUGAUGACCAAUGUGUUGUUUCCGUUUGCAGAACAUGCUGGAGCUUUUAGAGGAGCUACCCAACGGUGCGCCACCUGAUAAAGUCCGCAGCUACAUCUACCAGCUCAUCAAAGCCAUCAACUGGUGCCACAAGAACGAGAUCGUACACAGAGGUGAAGAUCUUCAUAUCUAUAUCUUUUUCUCUACAGAUUACACUUUCAGAAAAUAAACCAGCCACCGGGGCACUAGUGGAGUGGAUUAUCUAGGCAGAAUUUGACAUGUUGUUAAAGUUCAGGGAACAAUCUCUACAGAGAUUAUUAAACAAUUUCAGCGAUCAAUGAUUGGUGGAGUUUUGGUGUUAAGGGCCUUUCUUGCACUCACCUAUCCUAUCAUACUAGCCUAGAAAAUGCCCCUUGGUGUAAAACUAAAGAUUCUGAAAAAAAAUAUUUUAUUUCAAAGAUUCUGAAAACAGCACAAAUGCUGAAUCUCCCUUCGAUACAAUAGCAAAACAUUCAUUGACAAAAUUGUCCAAAACGAUGCGAAUAGCUUCACUUGGGCCUCACCAUUCUGAAAUACAUAUGCCAGUUAUUUACAUAUUAUACUUCAUUGAUAUUGCUGUAUCAGGUAUUGCAACUUAAAAGUGAUUCAUUUGUAUAAAGGGAGAAAUAAUACUGACAUAGGCUUAAAUAAAAAUAUGGCAGGGCAGUAGAUUUUUUGUUGUGAUCCGGUGACACAUGCCAGUCAGUGGAGUCAUUUGCAUACUCAGGUACACUUGGACACAAAAACGCUGUAUGAGCCAUUUUAUAUUAUUUUGGGGGUUUUAUUUUGUUACUCGCACAAUCACCACAAGGGGCACUUCGGGUGAAUGGGCAGGUAAAUGCUUCAAAGGGACACAGGUGAAGCAGUGAUGUGGGGAACGGGAAGAGCAAAGGGGUUUUACCGCUAAACUCCGACACCACUCUCACCCUCAUCACGAACAUCACCAUUGUAGUAAGUUGGACGUAUCUGUCUUUUUUUGUUUGUUUUUCAUUAAGUCAGUAAAUGGCAAAAAUAUAACUCAACAACAACCUUGGAUUGGACAUUGAAUUGUACUAGAAGCGGGUCAAAAACAUCUCACUCCCGCACCCAGACAGUGACUAAAAUUCAGGUCAGCAUAGUCACUACAAACACUCAUGUGCAGGAAAAUUUCCACUGAAUAAGGUUGAAAAAGUCAAACGGUGAAUGCCUGGUGCUACUGUUCAGUUCAUUCUAGAUCAUACAAUAAUGUAGACGGAUUUGAUGACAAGGUUUUGGAUUAGAAAUUGACACGUAUCUUUAAAAUGACUGCCACAGCUGUGCUUCAACUCCACAUUUUUUCACAGUUUAAUGAAAAGGAGGGUCUAAAAGAGUCAACACUUGACUGAAUUACUAGUUCAAGGCAUGAAAUUAUGCAUCUUUACACCUUCUCUAUAUUCAUACUGAAAACACAUCUUAGAGCUCUUAACAAGGUAAUUUCAUUUCCAUCUUAAAGAAGAGUAAGGAGAUGUUGAAGGAGAGGAAAGAGAGGCUCAGAGGGGAUUUUUGGUAAUAACUGUACUCCCAACAACACUCAUAUCCUGCACAUCUGUUUGUCAAGACACAGAGAGCCUUGUUUUUAUUUAUUGUGUGUUUCUACAUAGUAAUUUGAAUAUAUAAUGGAAACAUAAAGCUGUUACGUCUUUUUGUCUGUUUAAGAUAUCAAGCCAGAGAACCUCCUCAUCAGCUCAGAGGACGUCCUCAAGCUCUGCGACUUUGGUGAGUCUUCUCUCGCUCUGCGGCAUCAAUAUUGACACGAGAGAUUUACACGUGAAGCGUGAUAAAACUUAACAGUCUCUGCACAUUUGCCUCAUCAAAUAAAGGAAACUUCAUAAAAUCCAUCUAUGAAAUAAACCUAAUCAGCUUGCAGCCAUUUAUUAGAUGUUCUGCUAUAAGUGCAGAUCCAUCAUAAUGAUGAACCUCCUGGGACAUCUACAGGAACUGUAUGUUUUUUGCGCUCAGUUUACCUCGAAAAACUCUGCCAUGAAUGUGUCAAUGUCUCAGAGGGAUUUUGCACCUGUAAAGCUGCCAGCCAGUCCUCUAAAGUGUCCUUCAGUGUUUGUUUUCACAACCAGUCAGUCAAAUGUAUAUUUCACAAAGUUUCCCAGGUGUGAAUUCGCCAUUUGAAGGAUUCUUUGCGAAUCACACGGUCAUUUAGCUUUGCAUAAUUGGCUAAUUCAGCCCUGCUGAGUCAGCUGGGGUGAGAUUUGUUUGUUAUUCACUGUUGGAGCUGGCAUUCUGUUUAUUGUGAUUUUUUAUGCUUUAAACGGACUCUCUGUUCAGCAGUUAUCUAAAGCAGGGUCUCAGCCCGCCUGUAGUGACAUAACUAAUUAGAGCCUGGACACAUGAAACACUGAGCAUGUUGUUAGUGAAGCUGUCCAAAUAAUUUGAGUGCUGAUGGUACUUAUUUCUGACUAGGAUGUUAUUUAUAUCUCCACGUGGAAGACUCUAAGUUGUCUGCUUAUUAUGACAGACUGCUGAAUGUCUAAAAUACACAGUGAGCUCGCUGUGAUUUAUUUGUUUUCAUGUUACUCUGGCUCAGGUUUUGCUCGUAACCUGUCUGAAGGAACAGAUGCCAACUACACAGAGUAUGUGGCUACACGAUGGUACCGCUCGCCGGAGCUGCUGCUGGGGUGAGUCUGUGUUUGUGUGUGUUUGUGUGUAGGAGACUGAGGAAUGAGAAACAAGAACAGAGAGAAACAGACCUCAUUCUGUUGCUUUUUGCAGAUCAUCCUCAGCAUUUCUUUAUUAUUCUAUUAUCUCAGAGCACCAAAAGGAUGGAGAUCUUCCAUGAAAUUGUUUCAUAUCCAUCGUUUUUUCCCUCAAAUAGCAAUUCUGGUACCUAAUUUCAGGAGAUUAGCCAAUACAGGACAUCAUUGCAGUAUUCCCUCUGUUCCCAAACCUCUCUAACUCACUGCAAAACCUUACCAGGUUUGUCUUUUUGAGUCAGGAAUUACUGAUUCACUAAAAACUAACAUCGUCAGGGAAAGAAUCUUACGGCCCCGCGCCCUGGCGACCAUCCAUUUUCUGGAUACACUGUUACAAUAUCAGCUGACUGCAUGCAUGCAGUUUUCUCAGACUGUCUUCAUUCCCACUGUCUCCUAUUAUUUCUAUUCUAGGUUCUUUGAUUCGAAGAGGACAGAGAGCAGUAGUCUGAGACAGAUAGUUCGGGCUCCUGCAAGACAGCCUUGCUUACAACCUCAGGGUUAUGAGGCUGACCCUGACCUCACCAAUACAGAAGUGCAAACGUGCAGUUCCUCAAAGGCCCACUUGAGGCUGUACAAAAAGCUCCCUGUAGGGACCGUGUUAAAAUUCCCAUUUUUACAGCAGAACUGAACAUGUUUACAUCCUGGUGCAAAAAUAUAAUUGUGGGCGCAUUGUAGCUUUUUUUGAGGAGGUUUAAGGUGCACUGCAUGCUCCAGCAUUUGUCAUCAUUGAGCUUCAAAACAUCUCUUCAGAAAUAAAAUGUUUACAGCCUGAUCUGACAUAAAUGAACUAAAUUACCAGGAAAAACAUCAACUUUCUUAAUUAGACAAGCUGAAUGAAAGGCUGAGCUGGGUGUGAAAUGCUUCCUAUUUGUGUAGAAUACAGUUAUAAUGUCAGGAUGUCUCUGUUUCCCCUUCAACAGUACAGAGACAUGCAGGUGGGUUAAUUAGCGACCCUAAAAUAGCUUGUAUUGGUGUGAAUGUGAGAAUGCAUGGUUGUCAGUGGCAGUGUGUCAGCCCUCUUAUUGACCCUCCUCUCGCCCACUGUCAGUCGAGAUUGGCUGCAACUCCCUGACACCCUCAAGGAUAACCCUGUUUAGCUUAAGGAGAGAUGAAUGAUAGAAAAAGACGAAGAAGUCAUGGCUUAUACCUGAUAUGUUCCAGAAGCUACUAAUCAGAUACAGAUGUUUACACUGAUCAGGUAUAGCAGAUUGGUGUGCCAUGAGCUUGUGAUCGAGUAAAUUGUGUGACAAAAUAAAGUUGAGCUACAUAUUCAUAACAGUGGGUAAUUUUGCGGUUGAUCCUCAGUGGGAGCGCAGGUUGUGGAGCAUAAGAAGUGCAAAAAUAUGACUAAUAUGACAUUGUUUGCACCUCAUCAGUUUACCUCCUGACAGCCUUUGAGGCUCAUGCUAAAGGUAAUUUGUACAGUUUAUUGAUAUGACCAGAGGAGAUAAAUAGCAAAGAAAGAAAAGCAAAAAAUGUUGCUAAUUGGUCUUUAACCAUUAAAAAGGACCCAGGUAGUUAGUCCAGUUAUGAUGAGCAUAUGAUCUCUGUGAAGUCAUGUGAGCCUGACACAUGAAUCCAAGCUAAGGGAAGAUACUUAAUUUUACAGGAAAGCCUUAAAGAUUUGAACUAUUUGAUUUAUAUACCAAAUUGUGUACACUCACUGCGGCUCACUGCGGUUGGUUUAUUUCUCUUUGAUGUAAAAUAAUGUACAAAAUAUUAACUUUACUCUAUCUUUAUGCGAUGUCAUUAAAUAUCUGUUUCUUCUGAUUACUAGUUACAAACCCCAAAUAGUACAAACAACUUUUUCUUUUUUUUUUUUCUGCACUCUGUGGCUUUUCUUCAAGUCAGUCGUGACGCAAGCCUGAGGGUGGGGACAUUUGGCAACUCAACCAGGAAGUCCUCUGAAGGGUAGUGUGUCACAUGUGACUGCAUCAGGCUGAGCGCGCUUAAGCGCACUGCCAUUAUGUGGACUGGGGUACCCUGGGUGAGAUGGUCCGUCGGGCUCGCAUCACGACUGACUUGAAGAAAAGCUGCAUUUAUUUUUUAAUUGUCCGACCUUGCACAGACACAAAAUAGUAGAUACAUACAAGCACAGAUAUUCCCACAAAAUUCAUCCAAUGAUUGUUUUGUAUGAAGGAGUAUGAGGGCCUUAUUGAGAAUUUUUUUUCGAGAUUUAAGUCGUGAAUUUACACGAAUAAAGUCAUGAAUUUAUGAGAAUAGUCGUAGCUUGUUAUUUCAGAGGAGAGUUGUUAAAAUUAGGGCCAUGAAGCAUUUAAAGGAACUGUGCUUCAGUAUAGGUUUCACAAACAAGAAGAUACUUCAUUCUUUGGCACAUCAGCAUCACAUUGUCACAAGUAUAAAGACUUAAAAAAGAAUAUAUGAGAAAGACGUCUUUUCCACAGGGAAAGAAAAACAGGUGUACUUGAAAGAAAUCGCUGCUUUUGUGGAGGCAGAAAUUAAUAUGCUGAGGAUAUAUCCGUUUAUGCAGCCAUAAAUAUCCGUGAAUUACAUUGAGCUUUAGUUUAUGAUAUGAAUCCAUAUGCCAUAAUAAGGCGUUGGUGUCCAUGCAGGUGUAGGUUACCACUGGUGUCAGAGACGUGGUGCUCGUCGGAGUUCGACUCCCUCUGGAUCACAAAUGUUGAUCAUCAUCAGUUGGAUUGUUUCUUCAGAAACCACAAAAACUCUCUGAAUGACCUGCUGAUACAUCCACCGAUAACCCUGCAGUUGACCAGCUUCAGUCAUUUCCCCGUCCACAAAAGCAGCUUUAUGACUUUAUUUACUUUAUGACUUGAUUCUCCUAAAUUUAUAACUUUAAUCUCUAAAUCUUAAAAAAAAAAAAAAAAAAAAAAAAAAAACUCAAUGUUGUCCUGAUUCUCUGCUGUAGUUUUGUCAGCUUUCUUAUUUCUAAUGAUUUUGAUAGUUGAAGCAGAGCGGAUCAGUUCGUCUCUAAAUACUAUAAUGUUUGGUUUACAGAUUUUAGUGAGUUCAGAGAUCAUGCGCUCAUGCAGCCUGAGCUGACUGUCUGCUGUUUUUGGAUUUCUUGUAUUUUCUUUGAAGACGCGCUGUGUCUCCAAGCGAGUCCAGCCUCUCACCCGAAAUGCGCAGCUGUGCAGCGGCACACAAAGAAUUCUGGAAUACCAACGGCACAAAAGCGUGCAUAAAUGCACGCUUGAAAAUGGGGCGGCAGCAGUGUGAUUUUGAGACCGAAUUUGAAGUGCGCUCAGCAUUCCGUGCCAAAUGGGACACCGUUCGUGCCGCGUGAUGACCUCACGCACGCUUCAAAUGCGCCAUUCCACAGUGCGGUCUCUGAAAUGAGACACAGACAGGGUACUUAAGUCUACAUAACGGCAGAUAACGGCAGUGCGCUCAGCUAAGCGCGCUUAUCCUGAUGCAGUCUCUGAAAUGAGACACAGCCCCUGUCUCCUGCUUCCCCUCUCGUGGCCCCUGCUGUGACCUGAGAUGGAUUUCAGGCCUCUCCAGACCUCCCUUGCGUUGUUCUGUUGCAGAAAGGUUUUCCAUCCUGGUCUUGUAGCUGGCCUUCCUUUCUUUGAUCUUCUUCGUCAGCUCCUUCUGCACCCUCCUCAGCUCCUCCUUGUCCCCAGAUUUAAAGACCCUCCUCUUCUCCUUCAGGGGGGCUUUAAGUUCAGGGGUCACCCAAGGUUUGCUGUUGGAGAAACACUGUACUUUCCUGAUGGGUACGGUGUUCUCAACACAGAGGUUUAUAUAGUCCGUGAUACAAUCUGUCAUGGUGUCGAUGUCAUCACCAUGUGUGGCCACACAGUACAUCCCAGUCUGUGGUCUCAAAACAGUCCUGCAGCGCCUCAGUGGCCUCCUCAGACCACCUCUUAACAUACCUGAUGGUGGGGGGUUGUUUCUUCACCAUAGGGGGUAUGUAAAUGGGCUGCAGUCUCACCAGGUUGUGAUCUGAGCAGCCCAGCGGGGGGAGGGGGGAAGAGGUGUAUGCAUCCUUGGUGUUUGCAUACAGUAAGUCCAAAGUUUUAUUGUCUCUUGUUGGGCAAUUCACAUACUGGCUGAAGGUAGGGAGAGUGGAGGAGAGCGAUGCAUGAUUAAAGUCUCCAGAGAUGAUGAUCAGAGACUGAGGGUGUGAUGUCUGCAGUUUGGACACUUCACUAUGGAGGAGUUCACAGGCUGCAGCAGCAUCAGCCGAGGGGGGAUGUAAACAGUUAACGCGAUUACGUGCGAAAAGUCCCUCGGCAGGUAAUAUGGCCGCAAACUUGCAGCCAGCAGCUCAAUGUCCUUAGAGCAGCGCUGCUCUUUAACACUGAUGUGCCCAGUAUUACACCAUCUCUCAUUCACAUACACCGCUAUCCCGCUUCCUUUCUUCUUACCACUCUCCCUCACGCUCCGGUCUGCUCUGACGAAAUGAAAUUUGUCCAAAGUUACGAGCGAGUCCGGAGUGAGUUCGUUCAGCCAUGACUCCGUGAACAUCAUGAGGCUGCACUCCCGGUACUCCCACUGCAGCCGAGUCAGCGCUGUGAGCCCUUCCAUCUUGUUGGGGAGAGACCUCACGUUUCCCAUGACAAUGGACAGGACAGUUGGUUUAUAACGUCUACGCUUCGCCCAAUGCUGAACUCCGGCUCUUCAUCCUCUGCUGCGGAGCUUGGCGGUGAUGUCUGGUCUCUCCCACGAAGGUGGCCGGGCUUGGCGCAGCGCCAACAGCUGUUCAAGGCUGUAAACAAUAGAGCUGUUGAACGGGUUACGAGACGCGGACUUAAAAACUCCAAAAAUUAGAAGAAAACAAAGUGCUAGAGUCAUGAAAUGCACAUCCAUGGUUGGAACAUGCAAAACACAACACUGCUAAUUGAAAAAAAAAAAGACAAAUAAUGUGCAAAAAACAACAAUAAAAUGGCAAAAACGUAAACACUGUGAGUAGCUGCUGUGACUUGCUACCACUCUCAGGGUGCUCAGUCACUUACUUAUUCACACACACUUCACACACUUGCCUUCAUAUGGGGUCCUCUGCUUGAUUCAGUAUAAUUCGCUGCACCUCUAUCCUUAGUUAAGUACUUUUCUGAUAUUUUAAUCCAUUUGCCACAAAGAGCUUUUGACUUUCUGCUUAUUAAUUUAGCCAUCUGUGUCUUUUAAAAAGUGAAAUGUGUUGUUCAAAAGAACGGUGGUGUUGGUAUUUCACAUCAUGGCAGCAGCAGGAUGCAGCAAGAUUCAGCGGCCUAACUAUGGUGUGCCUAAAGGGACAAAAUAGCAUCAUUCAAAAAAUAGCAGCUUAAUUUCAGACUUUGAUUGCAUCAUGCCUGAUGUAUCAAAAGUUAUGACUUUAAUCAAAAGUUAUAUAAUAUUUGGAAUCAUGAUCGCAACAGACAUUAUGUGAUUUCAUCCUCAUUGUUUUAAUUCAGAUCUAUGAAACAAUAUUUCACCUACCACACCAUUAACCACCUUACCCAGAUAUCAAAUCCCUGUCUGAUUGAUAUACCAAAGUGUGUACAGUUUUGGCUCAUGCCAUCAACACCUUUGUGGCCUCUGGUGUCAUCAUCAGCGCUACUCCUUGGGUGUGGUCAUGGCCCAGGUCUUCAUGGCCAGAGUAGAUGAUGGUCUCUCCUGAAGUCAGUCUGGUUUGGCCACUUCCGUUGCAUCGUGAUUCGCUUAAACCAAGGAGUGCGAUAUUAUAUCUCCUCAUUUCGCUUGCCACUUGGGCUGAUUUGCUGCUCUCAUACAAGGUUCUGAUGUUCCAGGUUCUAUCCUGGUUUUUGCCUUCAUCUUCAGUAGAUUCCUCGGUGAGCACGUCAUGGGCUCUUCUACAGAGGAAUCUCUCUGACUAGGCUCUUGCUGUAGUAGUGUGUUUCCGGUUUCUGUAGCAUAUGCAAUUUUUUACAAGUUGGAGUUGCUAGCCCCAAGCCCAACUUUCCACCAUUUCUGGCUUCAGGUGUAUGUUGGAGUUGGUUUGUUAGUCCCCUUCCCCUAACCUUUUGUCCUCCAGGCAAUGGAUUACAGUCUCAUACCACGUGAGACCAGACAGGUUCGGGGUCGUGAACAAGCUGUCCCGGCACGUCAAGCCCAACCAACUCCUGCUGCUGUGUAGUGAAAGCUGUAGUCGAGGCACGCAUUUCCUACCAGAAGCACGAGACAGUUUUUAUUUUUUAUUUUUAUUAUUAUUAUUAUUUGUAAUGCUAUGCGCCAAUUAACCUGCUCAUGCCGGUUUUUUGGCCACGUGGGAGGAAACCGGAGCUCCCGGAGAAAACCCACACAGACAGGGGGAGAACAUGCGAGUCUGAUCUCUGUGAGGCCAUCGUGCUAACCACUAGGCCACCGUGUCGUCCGAAAGAUCUGAGAGAGUUGCAACAGCACAGCUACCCACCUGGAGGACCCCACAUGUGAAGCGAAGCCUAAAGCCAGAAAGCAUGUUCCUCACGUUCUGUCAGCGCUGCGCUCCGUCCGAGGCCAACAGCACACGCCACGGCCCACCAGCAGCGUAGCAGCAGCGCAUCACCAGCCCUAGGCGGCUGCUCCACUGCUGCCACGCUGCCAGUGAGCGACGGUGCAUGCUGUCGGCCCGAGGUGGAGCACAGCGCCGACAGAACGCGAGGAACAUAGGUCCGGUGGGUUUUUGGCGUCAGGCCCCACUCCACGUAUGAGAUCCUCCAGGCGAGGCACCGCAAAAACUCUCCCAGAGAGAUUCAGUCGGUGGCAUGCACAGUUGCAGUGCAGCGACAGAGCUUCUUCCGCAGCCAGCGACCGAAUCAGACCAGACAGCUUCCACCUUUCUUCUUCCUCUUCUUCUUCUCCUCCUUCUGUGUCUUCUCAUCUGGAGCUGGGUCACCUGAGGAGACGGUCCUGUCUACUGAGGUCUUCUCUUCAGUGUCACUGUCCUCUGAGGUCUUCUCUUCAGUGUCACUGUCCUCUGAGGUCUUCUCUUCAGUGUCACUGUCCUCUGAGAAAUAUGGGGGAAGACGUAGCUCCACAAGUUCGUCUUCUGUGUCUUCUUCCAGUUUCAGGCAGCGUUUGGGGGGGAACAGGUUUAACCUGGAUCAAUAAGGGUGUCUGUGGGGUCUGUUUAUUCAAGCCACUUCUGCUGCUGCUGGGGUUCUCUUCAGUGUCACUGUCCUCUGAGAAAUAUGGGGAAAGACGAGAUCUCUUUUCUAGCUCCACAAGUUCUUCUUCUGAGUCUUCUUCCAGUUUCAGGCAGCGUUAAGGGGGAGCAGGUUUAACCUGGAUCAAUAAGGGUGUCUGUGGAGUCUGUUCAUUCAAGUCACUUCCGCUGCUGCUGAGGUUGGAGCUUUGCUUGAAGUUUCCUCUGGUGAUGAACGGAUGGGCAAGGACUUGGCUCGGGGUGAUCCUUUUGCUGGGAUCCAUCUGAAGCAUGGCCUUCAAAAGGUUGAUGCACGCCUUCUUCUCAUCAUUGUCCUCGUUAGCAAGGUGGGUUAGUUUUUCCAGCUGGUCCAGGUUUCUGAAAUCAUAGCACCUUGUGUCUUUAGGUGCACUUCCACCAAAAUACUCCUCAGGGGUCUUCAGCCUCCAUUGGUCAGACGGGGUCUUUUUGCAAUAUAAUGUGAUAAAAAUCCCACCAUCUAUAUUGUCUGGAAGAGCACCGAGGAGCUCCACCAUGUAUUGCAGAACUGAAUAAUCCAAAUCUGAUGGAAAGAAUUUGUAUCCAGUCAGCAUGUACCCCAUCACCACACCAAGAGACCACAUGUCGAUGGCCCCUGAAAAGGGCAGUCCUAAAAUAAUCUCUGGAGCCCUGUAGCAUGGAACUUGUACGUUAGCGCCCUGCUUCGCUGACCUGGUUGGAAAAGCCAACCCAAAGUCAAUGAGCUUAACCUUUAGAGGCUGCUCUUCAUGAUUCAGCAGCAUGAUGUUGUCUGUCUUUAUAUCUGAGUGGAUCACAUUGUUGGUCUUCAGAACAUCCAAGGCUAUGGCCAUCUGAUGGAUGAUGCUUCUGAUGCUGGCCAGAUCCAGAGGGGUUGAGGUGCGGAGUACUUUCAUUCUCAUAUGAUCAUUAAGAGUCUGAUCCAGCAUCUCAAGCACUAAGGCUCUCUUGUUGUUCUGAAGUGGGAACAUCUCAAUAUACUUGACGAUGUUCUUCUCGUCCAAGUUUUUAGUCAUGAGGAAAUUCAACAUAUUAUACUCAUUUACAAAGUAUCUGUCAGCAUUUUGGAUCUUUACAGCGACGAUCUCUUGAGUGUCCACUUUGAUACAUUUUAGUACAACCCCAAAGCUUCCAGAUCCAACCUUUUCCAGCUGAAUGUAGUUCGACCCAAGGUUGUAGCUGGUUGAGCACAAGCAGUUUGAGAAUGAACAGCCCAUGAUGACGUGAUUUUUCUCAAAGUAUAGGGAUGAAUGAUGAAAUGAAGAUCAGCUUAUUCUGAGUCUGAUGGGCUGCAGAAAGAGCGGAUGGUCACGAAACUUUUCUGUGUACUGCCGGAGUUUAGAUCAGCCUAUGUUGAUGUCACUGUGACAUAUCAAAGCCCUGGAAUUCUAGAAGCAGGUUUGAAAAAUGCUGAGGAGCUUUGAUGUGUCACUGUGACAUAUCAAAGCCCUGGUAUUCUAGAAGCAGGUUUGAAAAAUGCUGAGGAGCCUCUUGUUGCCAUAGUAACAGUUAACAGAAGUAAAUUGGCUUAGGCCAUUAUUUGACUGUAUUCAUGGACACUUUUGGAUCCAAACCAUAGACUGUAUAUAUAAUGGACAAAUUUGCUGCACCUCCCAUCAUUGUGUGAAUUUGAAGCCAACUUCUUCACGGUAUUUGUAGGAGUUGUCUCUAUUUCCUGAAACCAGCAUUUGCACAGUAGCCAUGUAUGAGAGACAAGCUGUAAUAAUGCUCUGCUUAAACAGCGUACUCCGGGGAUGUCCUCCACUACCUUCUUUUUUUAUUUUAUUUUAUUUUUUUUAUUUUUUUUUUGUAUGGAUUUUUCGUUUGUUUGUUUGUUUGUUUUUUCAAUGUAACAACACAAACAACAACAAAAAAAUCUUAAUUAGAUUAUGUUGAAAUAAAUAUAUAAUAAUAACUAUGUAUAUAUAUAUAUAUAUAUAUAUAUACACACACACAUAGUUAUUAUAUAUUUAUUUCAACAUAAUCUAAUUAAGAUGUAUGUAUGUGUAUAUAUAUAUAUAUAUAUAUAUAUAUAUACACAUACACACAUACAUACAAUCACCCCGAAUCACCGACACAACAGUAACGAUACAACAACCACAACAGCAUUAAUAAUAAUGACAAUAGCAAUACUGGCAAUAAUAAUGGCAAUAAACGAAUGACAACGACAACAAUAAUAACAGUGAUGAUGACCACAACAAGGAUACAAAACAACAAGAAUCACUACAAUAUAUAACACCAUAGUGUGGACCAGAGGCCGGCCCGGCCCCCUGCACUGCCAAAAAGCGGGCCGACCAGCACCCACGUCCGCCAUGCUGGGACGCCCAUGGGGCACCCUACAGGGCCCCGCCCCGCGACCACCCGCCAACCGAACUGACCACCCACUCCACCUCUAAAUACCUGGGCCACACAUGACUCUCAUCUUGUGUGUUGUUCAUGUGGUGCAUUAAAAACUUCACUGUGAUGUAUGCAUUAAAAAGUGGGGUGUGAAGAGUUGGUGUGUGGUGCGUUAAAAGUCGGAGAGGGGUGUGAAAUAGAACUGGACCAGGGCAAAAAAGAAACUGGAGCAGAGUGGGGCCAAGAAGGGGUGAGGCGCGGCCCAUGGCCCACACAGGAUCCCCACAUUCUGCCUCCACCAGGUCCAGGCAGCAGCAGGCAGGGCCAGCCAAUCCCAGGACACCAGGGAUCCAUGGGCCCCAGCCAGCCAGCCUGCCCUCCGGCUGCACAGGGACCCAAGCCAACCCCCAAUCUAGACUACACGUGUGUGUGUGCGUGCGUGUGCGUGCGUGUGCGUGCUUACGUGCAUGCGUGUGUGCAGGGAUGUUAUUGAUAGAAUUGAUAGAUUCAUGUAUAAUUGAUUGGUUGGCUCUCAGACAGAAAAAAAAAAAAAUUAUAUAUAUAUAUAUAUAUAUAUAUAUAUAUAAAAUAAUGAUAAUAAAAAAUAAUGAUAAUUUGGUCGGAUGGAAAUUGGGGUGUUUAAGUUGUUGAGAAGUCAAUGACAGUGGACCAGGGGGAUUGAGAUUCUGUUGUAGUAUGGAGAGGGGUGGGUGUAUAUUCCAGAGAGAUGUGGUCAAUGAGCAGGUUUUUCCAAUGAGCCAGAUGAAUGGUGUACCUAGAUUUCCAGUUCAUGAGGAUAGUUUUCUUAGCGAUAGUUAGGGCCACGAGAAGAAGGUCAUUGUUUGUUUUGUUUAUUGUGAGUGAUGAUAAGUCUCCUAGAAGGCAGAGUAAGGGGGAUAAAGGAAUGCGGCAGCCCAUGAAGUGUGAUAAUGACUCGGUGACUAGUUUCCAGAAGUGUUUGAUUGGGAUGCUGAGUCAGAUGGCGUGAGUUUAGGUGUCAGGACAGUUUUGAGUGCAGUGGGUGCAAAUUUCUGAGGUGAAGCCCAUUUCAAACAUUUUUUGUCCAGUGUAGUGAGUUCUGUGUACCUAAAUAUCUUAUAUUGUAUGAGUUGUAAAUUAGCAGUUUUAGUCAUGAGAUGAAUGUUUUUGGGUCCAGAAGUCGGCAUCAGGAGCAAUUGACAGGUCUUGUUGCCAUUUUUGUGAUGGUAGAGAUAUGAUUUUGUCAGAUUGUAAUAGUAUUUUAUAUAUUUUGGAGAGGAGUUUUUUUGGGAAAGGAUAUUAAUAAAUUCUGAUAUUGCAGGUGAAAGGUCUAGAUUUGUGGAUCUGAUGUUAAUUUUUUGAUUUGACAGAUGUCUUAAGUUGUAAAUAUUCCAGAAUUUGAUAACUCCCGAUGCCGUACUCCUGGACCAAGUGGGGAAAUGACAUCAGGGUGUUAUUAUGGAAAAUGUGUUUAAGGUGUGUGAUGCCCUAUGAUGCCCUAAUAGUACAAACAUUUGCUUUGACCAAGAUUUUAAAAAUGUUAUUAUUUAUUUAGUAAAGCUGAGCACAAAAUAAAACUGAUGCUAGGAUCAGAAUCAGCUGUAUUGACCAAGUUUGUAUACGCAUAUACAAGGAAAUUGGCUUUGCUCUCUAUGUAAGACAAUAACUUAUUUAUACAAGACUAUUUUACAUAACAUACUUGAGGUGGAUACACAUUGUUUUGUAUACAUUAUCAACAUUAAAUACAGAAUAUUUAAUAUUUAAUAUUAAAUAUUGAAUAAUGGUAUAUUGUGUAUAGUGUGUUUGUCGGGCACAUACACGUGAGUUAAUUCUGAGCCAUUUCAUUGAUUGGUCUACAGUUAUAAAAUGUUAAUCUGGUACAGUCAGGAGGAGUAACUACUUUGAUGCUUUUACUAUCAGAUUGAAAGAAAAGGAAAGAUUUGAAAAAGAAAAAGUCGUUUGGCGUUUCACACACACUCCACACACUUGGCUUCAUAUGGGGUCCUCUGCUGGAUUCAGUAUAAUUCGCUGCACCUCUAUCCUUAGUUAAGUACUUUUCUGAUAUUUUAAUCCAUUUGCCACAAAGAGCUUUUGACUUUCUGCUUAUUAAUUUAGCCAUCUGUGUCUUUUAAAAAGUGAAAUGUGUUGUUCAAAAGAACGGUGGUGUUGGUAUUUCACAUCAUGGCAGCAGCAGGAUGCAGCAAGAUUCAGCGGCCUAACUAUGGUGUGCCUAAAGGGACAAAAUAGCAUCAUUCAAAAAAUAGCAGCUUAAUUUCAGACUUUGAUUGCAUCAUGCUUGAUGUAUCAAAAGUUAUGACUUUAAUCAAAAGUUAUAUAAUACUUGGAAUCAUGAUCGCAACAGACAUUUUGUGAUUUCAUCCUCAUUGUUUUAAUUCAGAUCUAUGAGACAAUACUUCACCUACCACACCAUUAACCACCUUACCCAGAUAUCAAAUCCCUGUCUGAUUUAUAUACCAAAGUGUGUACAGUUUUGGCUCACGCCAUCAACACCUUUGUGGCCUCUGAUGUCAUCGUCAGCACUACUCCUUGGGUGUGGUCAUGGCCCAGGUCUUCAUGGCCAGAGUAGAUGAUGGUCUCUCCUGAAGUCAGUCUGGUUUGGCCACUUCCGUUGCAUCGUGAUUCGCUUAAACCAAGGAGUGCGAUUUUAUAUCUCCUCAUUUCGCUUGCCACUUGGGCUGAUUUGCUGCUCUCAUACAAGGUUCUGAUGUUCCAGGUUCUAUCCUGGUUUUUGCCUUCAUCUUCAGUAGAUUCCUCGGUGAGCUGGCUUCCAUUUGGUUUUGACCCGCACACGUCAUGGGCUCUUCUACAGAGGAAUCUCUCUGACUAGGCUCUUGCUGUAGUAGUGUGUUUCCGGUUUCUGUAGCAUAUGCAAUUUUUUACAAGUUGGAGUUGCUAGCCCCAAGCCCAACUUUCCACCAUUUCUGGCUUCAGGUGUAUUUUGGAGUUGGUUUGUUAGUCCCCUUCCCCUAACCUUUUGUCCUCCAGGCAAUGGAUUACAGUCUCAUACCACGUGAGACCAGACAGGUUCGGGGUCGUGUACAAGCUGUCCCGGCACGUCAAGCCCAACCAACUCCUGCUGCUGUGUAGUGAAAGCUGUAGUCGAGGCACGCAUUUCCUACCAGAAGCACGAGACAGUUUUUAUUUUUUAUUUUUAUUAUUAUUAUUAUUAUUUGUAAUGCUAUGCGCCAAUUAACCUGCUCAUGCCGGUUUUUUGGCCACGUGGGAGGAAACCGGAGCUCCCGGAGAAAACCCACACAGACAGGGGGAGAACAUGCAAACUCCACACAGAGUCUGAACUCUGAGGCCGUUGUGCUAACCACUAGGCCACCGUGUUGUCUGAAAGAUCUGAGAGCGUUUCAACAGCACAGCUACCCACCUGGAGGACCCCACAUGUGAAGCGAAGCCUAAAGCCAGAAAGCAUGUUCCUCACGUUCUGUCAGCGCUGCGCUCCGUCCGAGGCCAACAGCACACGCCACGGCCCACCAGCAGCGUAGCAGCAGCGCAGCACCAGCCCUAGGCGGCUGCUCCACUGCUGCCACGCUGCCAGUGAGCGACGGUGCAUGCUGUCGGCCCGAGGUGGAGCACAGCGCCGACAGAACGCGAGGAACAUAGGUCCGGUGGGUUUUUGGCGUCAGGCCCCACUCCACGUAUGAGAUCCUCCAGGCGAGGCACCGCAAAAACUCUCCCAGAGAGAUUCAGUCGGUGGCAUGCACAGUUGCAGUGCAGCGACAGAGCUUCUUCCGCAGCCACCGACCGAAUCGGACCAGACAGCUUCCACCUUUCUUCUUCCUCUUCUUCUUCUCCUCCUUCUGUGUCUUCUCAUCUGGAGCUGGGUCACCUGAGGAGACGGUCCUGUCUACUGAGGUCUUCUCUUCAGUGUCACUGUCCUCUGAGGUCUUCUCUUCAGUGUCACUGUCCUCUGAGAAAUAUGGGGAAAGACGAGAUCUCUUUUCUAGCUCCACAAGUUCUUCUUCUGAGUCUUCUUCCAGUUUCAGGCAGCGUUUGGGGGGAGCAGGUUUAACCUGGAUCAAUAAGGGUGUCUGUGGAGUCUGUUCAUUCAAGUCACUUCUGCUGCUGCUGAGGUUGGAGCUUUGCUUGAAGUUUCCUCUGGUGAUGAACGGAUGGGCAAGGACUUGGCUCGGGGUGAUCCUUUUGCUGGGAUCCAUCUGAAGCAUGGCCUUCAAUAGGUUGAUGCACGCCUCCUUCUCAUCAUUGUCCUCGUUAGCAAGGUGGGUUAGUUUUUCCAGCUGGUCCAGGUUUCUGAAAUGAUAGCACCUUGUGUCUGUAGGUGCACUUCCACCAAAAUACUCCUCAGGGGUCUUCAGCCUCCAUUGGUCAGACGGGGUCUUUUUGCAAUAUAAUGUGGUAAAAAUCCCACCAUCUAUAUUGUCUGGAAGAGCACCGAGGAGCUCCACCAUGUAUUGCAGAACUGAAUAAUCCAAAUCUGAUGGAAAGAAUUGGUUUCCAGUCAGCAUCAACCCCAUCACCACACCAAGAGACCACAUGUCGAUGGCCCCUGAAAAGGGCAGUCCUAAAAAAAUCUCUGGAGCCCUGUACCAUGGAACUUGUACGUUAGCGCCCCGCUUCGCUAACCUGGUUGGAAAAGCCAACCCAAAGUCAAUGAGCUUAACCUUUAGAGGCUGCUCUUCAUGAUUCAGCAGCAUGAUGUUGUCUGUCUUUAUAUCUGAGUGGAUCACAUUGUUGGUCUUCAGAACAUCCAAGGCUAUGGCCAUCUGAUGGAUGAUGCUUCUGAUGCUGGCCAGAUCCAGAGGGGUUAAGGUGCGGAGUACUUUCAUUCUAAUAUGAUCACAAAGAGUCUGAUCCAGCAUCUCAAACACUAAGGCUCUCUUGUUGUUCUGAAGUGGGAACAUCUCAAUAUACUUGACGAUGUUCUUCUCGUCCAAGUUUUUAGUCAUGAGGAAAUUCAACAUAUUAUACUCAUUUACAAAGUGUCUGUCAGCAUUUUGGAUCUUUACAGCGACGAUCUCUUGAGUGUCCACUUUGAUACAUUUUAGUACAACCCCAAAGCUUCCAGAUCCAACCUUUUCCAGCUGAAUGUAGUUCGACCCAAGGUUGUAGCUGGUUGAGCACAAGCAGUUUGAGAAUGAACAGCCCAUGAUGACGUGAUUUUUCUCAAAGUAUAGGGAUGAAUGAUGAAAUGAAGAUCAGCUUAUUCUGAGUCUGAUGGGCUGCAGAAAGAGCGGAUGGUCACGAAACUUUUCUGUGUACUGCCGGAGUUUAGAUCAGCCUAUGUUGAUGUCACUGUGACAUAUCAAAGCCCUGGAAUUCUAGAAGCAGGUUUGAAAAAUGCUGAGGAGCUUUGAUGUGUCACUGUGACAUAUCAAAGCCCUGGAAUUCUAGAAGCAGGUUUGAAAAAUGCUGAGGAGCCUCUUGUUGCCAUAGCAACAGUUAACAGAAGUAAAUUGGCUUAGGCCAUUAUUUGACUGUAUUCAUGGACACUUUUGGAUCCAAACCAUAGACUGUAUAUAUAAUGGACAAAUUUGCUGCACCUCCCAUCAUUGUGUGAAUUUGAAGCCAACUUCUUCACGGUAUUUGUAGGAGUUGUCUCUAUUUCCUGAAACCAGCAUUUGCACAGUAGCCAUGUAUGAGAGACAAGCUGUAAUAAUGCUCUGCUUAAACAGCGCACCCCGGGGAUGUCCUCCACUACCUUCUUUUUUUAUUUUAUUUUAUUAUUUUUUUAUUUUUUUUGUAUGGAUUUUUCGUUUGUUUGUUUGUUUGUUUUUUCAAUGUAACAACAAAAACAACAACAAAAAAAUCUUAAUUAGAUUAUGUUGAAAUAAAUAUAUAAUAACUAUGUAUAUAUAUAUAUAUAUAUAUAUAUAUAUAUACACAUAGUUAUUGUAUAUUUAUUUCAACAUAAUCUAAUUAAGAUGUAUGUAUGUGUAUAUAUAUAUAUAUAUAUAUAUAUAUAUACACAUACACACAUACAUACAAUCACCCCGAAUCACCGACACAACAGUAACGAUACAACAACCACAACAGCAUUAAUAAUAAUGACAAUAGCCAUACUGGCAAUAAUAAUGGCAAUAAACGAAUGACAACGACAACAAUAAUAACAGUAAUGAUGACCACAACAAGGAUACAAAACAACAAGAAUCACUACAAUAUAUAACACCAUAGUGUGGACCAGAGGCCGGCCCGGCCCCCUGCACUGCCAAAAAGCGGGCCGACCAGCACCCACGUCCGCCGUGCUGGGACGCCCAUGGGGCACCCUACAGGGCCCCGCCCCGCGACCACCCGCCAACCGAACUGACCACCCACUCCACCUCUAAAUACCUGGGCCACACAUGACUCUCAUCUUGUGUGUUGUUCAUGUGGUGCAUUAAAAACUUCACUGUGAUGUAUGCAUUAAAAAGUGGGGUGUGAAGAGUUGGUGUGUGGUGCGUUAAAAGUCGGAGAGGCGUGUGAAAUAGAACUGGACCAGGGCAAAAAAGAAACUGGAGCAGAGGUGGGCCAAGAAGGGGUGAGGCGCGGCCCAUGGCCCACACAGGAUCCCCACAUUCUGCACCCACCAGGUCCAGGCAGCAGCAGGCAGGGCCAGCCAAUCCCAGGACACCAGGGAUCCAUGGGCCCCAGCCAGCCAGCCUGCCCUCCGGCUGCACAGGGACCCAAGCCAACCCCCAAUCUAGACUACACGUGUGUGCGUGCGUGUGCGUGCGUACGUGCAUGCGUGUGUGCAGGGAUGUUAUUGAUAGAAUUGAUAGAUUCAUGUAUAAUUGAUUGGUUGGCUCUCAGACAGAAAAAAAAAAUUUAUAUAUAUAUAUAUAUAAAAUAAAAAAAUAAUGAUAAUUUGGUCGGAUGGAAAUUGGGGUGUUUAAGUUGUUGAGAAGUCAAUGACAGUGGACCAGGGGGAUUGAGAUUCUGUUGUAGUAUGGAGAGGGGUGGGUGUAUAUUCCAGAGAGAUGUGGUCAAUGAGCAGGUUUUUCCAAUGAGCCAGAUGAAUGGUGUACCUAGAUUUCCAGUUCAUGAGGAUAGUUUUCUUAGCGAUAGUUAGGGCCACGAGAAGAAGGUCAUUGUUUGUUUUGUUUAUUGUGAGUGAUGAUAAGUCUCCUAGAAGGCAGAGUAAGAGGGAUAAAGGAAUGCGGCAGCCCAUGAAGUGUGAUAAUGACUCGGUGACUAGUUUCCAGAAGUGUUUGAUUGGGAUGCUGAGUCAGAUGGCGUGAGUUUAGGUGUCAGGACAGUUUUGAGUGCAGUGGGUGCAAAUUUCUGAGGUGAAGCCCAUUUCAAACAUUUUUUGUCCAGUGUAGUGAGUUCUGUGUACCUAAAUAUCUUAUAUUGUAUGAGUUGUAAAUUAGCAGUUUUAGUCAUGAGAUGAAUGUUUUUGGGUCCAGAAGUCGGCAUCAGGAGCAAUUGACAGGUCUUGUUGCCAUUUUUGUGAUGGUAGAGAUAUGAUUUUGUCAGAUUGUAAUAGUAUUUUAUAUAUUUUGGAGAGGAGUUUUUUUGGGAAAGGAUAUUAAUAAAUUCUGAUAUUGCAGGUGAAAGGUCUAGAUUUGUGGAUCUGAUGUUAAUUUUUUGAUUUGACAGAUGUCUUAAGUUGUAAAUAUUCCAGAAUUUGAUAACUCCCGAUGCCGUACUCCUGGACCAAGUGGGGAAAUGACAUCAGGGUGUUAUUAUGGAAAAUGUGUUUAAGGUGUAUGAUGCCCUAAUAGUACAAACAUUUGCUUUAACCAAGAUUUUAAAAAUGUUAUUAUUUAUUUAGUAAAGCUGAGCACAAAAUAAAACUGAUGCUAGGAUCAGAAUCAGCUGUAUUGACCAAGUUUGUAUACGCAUAUACAAGGAAAUUGGCUUUGCUCUCUAUGUAAGACAAUAACUUAUUUAUACAAGACUAUUUUACAUAACAUACUUGAGGUGGAUACACAUUGUUUUGUAUACAUUAUCAACAUUAAAUACAGAAUAUUUAAUAUUAAAUAUUGAAUAAUGGUAUAUUGUGUAUAGUGUGUUUGUCGGGCACAUACACGUGAGUUAAUUCUGAGCCAUUUCAUUGAUUGGUCUACAGUUAUAAAAUGUUAAUCUGGUACAGUCAGGAGGAGUAACUACUUUGAUGCUUUUACUAUCAGAUUGAAAGAAAAGGAAAGAUUUGAAAAAGAAAAAGUCGUUUGGCGUUUCACACACACUCCACACACUUGGCUUCAUAUGGGGUCCUCUGCUGGAUUCAGUAUAAUUCGCUGCACCUCUAUGCUUAGUUAAGUACUUUUCUGAUAUUUUAAUCCAUUUGCCACAAAGAGCUUUUGACUUUCUGCUUAUUAAUUUAGCCAUCUGUGUUUUUUAAAAAGUGAGAUGUGUUGUUCAAAAGAACAGUGGUGUUAUUUCACAUCAUGGCAGCAGCAGGAUGCAGCAAGAUUCAGCGGCCUAACUGUGGUGUGCCUAAAGGGACGAAAUAGCAUUAUUCAAAAAAUAGCAGCUUAAUUUCAGACUUUGAUUGCAUCAUGCUCGAUGUAUCAAAAGUUAUGAAUUUAAUCAAAAGUUAUAUAAUAUUUGGAAUCAUGAUCGCCACAAACUCUUUGUGAUUUCAUCCUCAUUGUUUCAAUUCAGAUCUGUAAGACAAUACUUCACUUACCACACCAUUAACCACCUUACCCAGAUAUCCAAUCCCUGUCGGACAGUUGUGUUUGUUGCAGAUGUUGUUCUUCGAUGGUUUUGCUGCAUUGAACGUCCAUUCUAGCUCAGAGACAGAAGAACGUCAUCUAGCUUCUCUGCUGUAGCCUGAUUUAGUAAAUGCCCUGGAACAUUUAUUGAGACAGCGUUUGAAUGCCGCCCACUCAAAUACUCUCUCCCUCCAACACCACCACUCCUCUGCUUCUCUGCUGCCAGAUCUCUUGCCGUUUCUCACCAGACUCCUCAGCUCGGCUCCCUCAAAAAUAACUGUCUUGGUUAUGAGCUCCUCCAUCUGAAAGACAGCAUCCAUGAUCUGAUUUUACUGCUUUCAUGCCACUUGUAUUAUCACCCUGUCACUACCAUUAUCAUUAUCCUCAUAACUAUAUCCUCUUCAUGGUGGGGGCUUCAUUUUCAUCCCUUUCAACACCAUCAGCACCCCUGCUGUUGAACUGACAGAAUUGUCACAACCUCUUGUUGACUUCCUUUGCAGUGAUGAUCUUUCCUCCCUCUGUCUCUCUCUCUCUCUCUCUCUCUGUGUUCAGGGCUCCAUAUGGAAAAGCCGUGGACAUGUGGUCGGUGGGGUGUAUCCUGGGCGAGCUCAGCGAUGGGCAGCCCUUGUUUCCUGGAGAGAGCGAGAUAGAUCAGGUUUGUGUGCACUGAAAAGAAAUGCGAUGACACGAAAUUAAUUAUUGACAGUUUCAAACAAGAAAUUAAUCAUUGUAAGCCGUUUUCGCAUCAAACAGGUAAACAGUUAUUUGAAGAUACAAGCUUCUCUGCUGAGAGCAUUUGCAGCCUUCAUGCAUCUCAUAUCCGCUCAUUCUCUCUCCUUUUUUCAAGACAAAACAAAUGAUCCCCCUGUACCUGAGAAAAAGCAAAAAUGAGCUUAAAAAGUUGAAAAAUAGAUUUUUUUUUUCUGAGGAGAAUUUGUAAGUGUUGUAAAAACUUGCAAGACAAAACUCACAGUUACAGUCUUUUGGACACAACUUCUGAGCAAGACAGCUGUGUGUGUUAUUUGCACACAGUAUGAGACCAGCAAUUGGAAGAUGAUAUGGUGGGCUAAACAAUAUCCAAAGAGUGUCCCAGAACAGGUCUGAAAAUAACUCCAAAUUUGAAAUCUGAUGGUGUGUGAAUAAAGAGAGGAAUACAUCUCUUUUUUGAUUUACUAUUUGUGUUUUAUCGCUGAUCCAAGCAAGUACAUGAAACUGGAUAUGUUUGAUAACAACAUGGAAAAGAUUGAGAAAAGACUGAGCAAUAUUGAGACAUUUGUUUCUGUGGCGUCCUUGAUUUUCAUAUCUUUCUUUGUUUAAGAGUGUCUCCAUAUACGAUGAAAUUAAGAAGGCAGAUGUGCAAAUGUUUUCAGGACUUUAGUUAAUUGUUUUCCUCUUGGCACAAUUAUUUAUCAACAUUAUGAAAACAGAUGUCAAAAUAGUGCAUAAAGCUGAUUAACAUUUUCACAUUAAAGUUUAAAGGAAACAAAUCAGAAAACAGAAACAUAAAAGAUGCAACACUAUACGAAACACAGUCAGUUAUGAGCAUAGACUGUAUAUACUAUGGACAACUUGGUUCCGGCUUCCGCCUGUAUACGGAUUUGAAGCCAAAAAGCCCUUGGUAUUUCCGCAAUUUUUCUUCCUUUCCUGAAACAAACAUUGCACUGUAGCGCUGAGUGCACUCCACCAGUAAACUAAAUGCGAAGUAAACUUCAUACGCCCAUAGGCUGUAUCAGGUGUCAAUCAUAGAAAACAUAAACCCCCUUAAAACUUUUAAAAACGGAGCUGUACAUAAAAAAGGGAACUUGAGCACAAACCAGUCUUACAGAAACUACUUGUCAACAUCGCAACCAAGGGGGAGAAAAAUUAUAUUCUGUGUAAUCAAUUUUUAAAGUUUGUCCACAGCUCCAUAGGAAUUGCUGGAGGAGGCGGGAUUCAUGGCCUAUACUGCAGUCCGUCGCCAGAGUGUGCUGUUCUUGGAGUGGCUUCACCCAGCGAGGAGGCUGACAGUGUCCAUUCUAUAUACAGUCUAUGGUUAUGACAGAUUCUUGACAGUGUUAUACCGUAUUAACUCAAAUAUAAGUUGUUUUUCCUUUAAAAUCCAUUUAAAAAACAUGGAUCAUCUUAUAGUUUUUUGAGUUUAAGUUAUAAAAUGGUGCCAGGAGGAUGAACAAUUGAGUGACUUUAGGACAAGUUAACGGGCAACUAGAGCAGAGUUAUUACACCUUUGAGAGUCAGAGACUUAAAAUAAAUGUCAAACAGCCAAGAAAUACAGAGCUAGGAAGUUGUCUAAAGAUGGUAAGCACACCCAAACUGAGUAGAAGUGUGUGUAAGAGCAAGUUACCAAAUAGCAGAAUGAAGAUGUGCUUAUUAUCAUUGUCAGCGUCUUAUAUUUGAGUUAAUGUAGAAUUUAGUGUUGGGAUAAAAGAACUUAAUUAUGAAUGUUACAAAGCAGCAAAAUUACUUUGUUCGUGUGACACAAAGUAACGCUUAGUUACACAGUGGGUGCUGAGUAAAACAUGGGAAACUAAAAGUUGGAUUCCUUUGACCAAACCACUGAGGGAAAAACAUGAAACAAACCAAUCACUGACUGUGUCUCAUCCUGUCACGUUCCCCUUAAGAGUCAGGUGCACCUGCAGGCAGACAUGAUGCUCUCAGCCUUUCCACAUGAAUGCUCCAGGUUUGAGCUGGUAUAUUUAACUCCUCUCCCACUGUUGAGCCCUUAAAGCAGAACAGACACACAGGUCACUGCAGAGAUCUGUGUUUUAUUACGUGUGAGAGAACUGCUGUCUGUCUGUGAUGACAUUUUAAAAACAAAAGAAACGCAGAUUGUGAGCUCUUCUGCCCGUUGUACUAUCUCUCUCCCUUUGAAUAUCAAGGAGGUACAACACCACUUUCGACUCCAGCCCAAGUCUGCGUCAGUCCUGACUUUCGUUGAUUGAGGCACAGGUGCACUGUUAUCCCUUUAGAUCUCAACAUGUCACCUUUGCACCAUCACACACCUUAGGGCGCUAACAAAGCAGCUACAAACUGAACCAAUAACACAGACUCAUGUAAACUCAAAAUAUGUGUGUUUAGGUGCUCUACUCAUUCUGGUUCUGCUCCAUUUUAUCUUCAGCUCUUCACCAUUCAGAAGGUUUUGGGACCACUUCCUGCAGAACAGAUGAAACUCUUUUACAACAACCCUCGCUUUCAUGGAAUCAGGGUAGGAAACAUUUGUAUUUCAUAUUUGCAAGAGAAGCUUGUGUUCUUUUCCUUUUCUUUCUCCUCCUCCUCUUUGUUUUCACCUCUUUUCCUUCUCUCUGCAGCUUUCUCUGCGUCUCUCUCUCUCUCUCUCUCUCUCUCUCUCUCUCUCUCUUUUCUUUCUUUCUUUCUUUCUUUCGUGGCAAUGUUCCCAGCACCAUGACUGAGUAGAUUGCUAUGACUCAUGAGAUAGGUGGUUGGUGUUCAGUUUAGCAGCUAGAGAAAAUGUCCCAGAAGGCCGAAGAAAGACUUUGUGAGCAAGUGUGUGUUUUUGUGUGUGUUUUUCGACAGUUUGUUUAGUGUGAAGCGGUGUUUGAUUUCUCUGCGAUUUGAACUUAGAGCAACUUUUUUCUACAGGCAGGAACAUCUAUUGUUGGUCGGAAAUUGUAGUAGUAAUUUUAAAGGUAUGAGAAAUUUGGUGUGGAUACCAAUUUGACAUAGUAAUUGUGUGUGUGUGUGUGUGUGUGUGUGUGUGUGUGUGUGUGUGUGUGUGUGUGUGUGUGUGUGUGUGUGUGUGUGUGUGUGUGUGUGUGUGUGUGUGCGUGCGCGCGCGUGUGCCAGUUUCCAUCUGUUACUCAUCCUCAGACUUUGGAGAGACGGUACCAAGGCAUCUUGAGUGGUUUGAUGUUGGAUCUGAUGAAGGUAAAACACCCAAAAUUAAUCUUAGUCCUUCAAAUGCAGAUAUGAAAUUAGAAAAGAUGCCUCAUCUUAUUAUAUUCCGUCUUUGUUAAGAGUCCAUGUUUCUAUCAGUACUUCUUAAAAUCUACUCCCUCUGUAUUUUCCAAAAAGAACCUGCUGCUGCUGAACCCCACUGAGCGUUAUUUGACUGAGCAGAGCUUGAACCACCCGGCCUUCCAGCCUCUGAGGCAGGCAGAGAGAGAGCGGCCUCCUCCUGCAUCUCCCAACCCACCACGCUCCUCUAAGAGGAAAACACACCAUCAUGGAGAAAACACAGUUCCUACAAGGUCAGAAGAACACACAAACACGUACUUUUGCAGCUCCUCUAUGCCAUCCUAACUUUGAAACUGUUAUAAGUUUUUUGCAUAUAUAUAGUGAAAGCCUGCCAAGGCACUUGUGUAUAGACUAUUUCCUCAGUCAUCAUCUGUUUUUUUUGUCCUGGUAUUAGGGCUGGGCGAUAAAACAAUAACGAUAUAUAUUGAAAAUCAAUUUCCCUCAGUAUCAAUAUAAAACAUGGUCAAUAUGCUUUUGGCUACUCGGCAUUCUGCCAUGUUUUGGUAAACUAUAAAAAAUAGCCAAUGAAAAGGGGAGUUUCUCCGGGUCCACUUCGCACUGAGCCAAUAAUGUGCUGAAUUAGAACCAAGUAGCAAACAACUGCGUAGUAGAAGGCUGCAGCUACACACAACCAUACAACUUUAACACGUAAAGCCGACAGCACUGUUGGUGAGAAAAAAAGAAAAUGAGUACUAUCCCGGCAGAAAUGCAGAUGAAGGCGCAACAGAUGAUGACAUUGUCGACAACACUGGCACAAAAACGGUGGUGUGGAGGUAUUUUGGUUUUUGAGGCAGAGUAAUGUACACUGCAAAUUAUGUCGAGUACAUGUUCUCACAAAGUCGGGGAAUACCUCAAAUAUUUUUCACCACCUGAAGCAGUGCCACACAGCAGAGCACGCGCAAUGAAAAAGGUUACAAACCCCGAGCGGAGCAAAGAGCCCAUGGCACCUGUGCAGCUAAAAGAGCUGAACAUUCAGUCCGCUUUCUCUAGCGCAACGCCUUAUGACAAAAUGUCGAAGAGACACCGAGACCUCACAGAUGCAGUAGCUUAUUGUAUUGCAAAAGACAUGCUACCAAUAAGCACUGUUAAAUUUCAUUUUUUAUAUUGUGAUAUCAAUCGAUAUCGACCAGCCCUAUAUAAUUCAUCAUGCCCAAGAAAAAAAUUAAAAACAGGUCAGAAAAUGUGGUAAAAUACAAGAUGUGAAUUAAUCAUCUAAAACAAGAGCAAACAGAGUUUGUCUGAUUCUUUAUCAAGGAUUUGAAAAUACCAAAGGGUACCAAAAUGUUUGUUUUGAAAGUGCUCUGCAAAGAAUAUCAAGUGGAUGGUGCAUAGAGACUAAAAGCUCAGUACAGACUGGAGGCGCUUAUAUGUAAAGUCAGUCAUUCGACCGUGUCUGAUACAGUCCAGAUGACCAAGCAAGGAGAGAUGUGAUGUACAUUGGCAGUUUUCCUGUAAGGGCCUUAUAGAUGGAUAACACACACAAAUGCCUUUUAUGUCUCUCAGCAAGAGAGGACAACCCUGCAUUUUUAUAUAAGGUGUUGUAAGAUCAGCAGUUAUAGCACGGUGGGAAACAGCAUCCAGAGGUUUCAGAGCAGAUGCAUGUAUUUAAAUCACAUCUCAGUAAUCUAAAACAGAACGAAAAAGAGAAUCCAUGUUUAAUUUCCACAGAAAACAUUGGAAUAGAUGGUUUAUUUAAUUUUUCAAUGAGUUCAUCUGUUUCUCUGCUUCUUCUUUAAGGAGUCACAGCAAGAGCACGAGCCGCCGCUCCAACAGCAAAGAAUGUUCCAGCCUCCCUCGCCAUGGGGACCUUCAUCACCUCAGCAACAAGAGUUUCCUGAAUGGAAACAAGCCGCCCCCCUCCAGUUUAAGUCCUCAACUUCACCCCAAGGGCCAAUACAUGUCCCAGACCCUCAAUCGGUCUGCCUCAUCCAGCAAAGACCUGGCUAACAACAACCUGCCGCACCUCCUCAGUCCAAAAGAAGUCAAAGGCAAGACGGAGUUUGACUUCAACCUGGGACCCUCCCCCAAACUUUCAGAGCAGGGACACGGAGGCAAGUACAGCCACAGCAAAUCCAGCUCCUCUCGCUCUCAGCAGCAGCAGCAGCAGCAGCAGACCGGCCGCCACACCUUCCUGGAAGGCAAGAACAACACUUUGCAGUCUGGAGGAGAGAAACAACAUGGCCGACACACCCACAGUAUGGCCGACUCUGCCCACGGCUCCAUGUCCUCGUCCUCUAAGAGUUCAGCCUCCUAUCUCAGCCUGUCAAAGAGUCACAGCGCCCUCAGCGAUUCUAAAUCUGUAGGGAACCUCAGCGAUGGUCGACUCCAUCCUGACGACCCAAACUCCAACACCACAGUGGGGAUGCAACCCAGCGCACGCUUCUUCCCCACUAGCUGUUUAGACCUCAACGCUCCCUCGGGUCCUCCUGGGCCGCCUGGCAGCCCAUCUGCCCGACACAGCGAUCGAUCUGGACAUAGCCCGGCUUCUCGGAGCAGCGGCAACGUCCGCAUGGAGAGCAGCACCCUGGACUCCUCAUCCAGACACAAAUCCAGACAUAAAGCUCUUACACCAGGUACAUUCAAAAGUCAGACUCACUAUCCAAAAUCAACUUUGACUAAAGUAAAACUGACAACAAUACAGUCAUUAACAAGAAACUAUUAAAACCUGAUUUUAAACCCUAAUUGUUCCAUUUUAUUAGCUUGUCUGACAAAUACAGUCAAUAAAGUGUCUAGAUUUAAAUUUUGAGUCAGUAGAACCACGAGUCUGACAGUCACUGGUCACUUCCAUGAAUCAGUGGACAUAAUGAUAAGUGUUAUUCAGCUCCAACUUUUUAAGUAGGAAGAUUUUCAGUUUCACUUGAAUUCACAGAUACAUUUCUAGAUUUUGAUGGUCAGAGUAUGUGACCUGUCAGACUUUUUAAGCCAUGACCCGGAACUUUGCCCAGAGUAGAACGAGAGGUGAAAAUUGUCUUUCUUUCUACGUGUCUUUAAAUGAUAUCCUUUUGAUUCUGGACUUAUGCUUGGAUUAAGAAAGUUUGUAGAUGUGGCUGCUGUAGGCUGCCCGUUUUGUUCAAGGACAUUUUCUAGGGAUGAUUCAUUCAAACUUAUUUUUCUCUUCUCCAGAGGAGGCCGGUGCUCCAGAGCUCUUAGACCCCGGAGGAGCCGGGAUGCCCUCCACCCACACUCUGCCUUCUCCACACGAAUCUUAUCAUUAUGGCCUGGGCUACACCUCCCCCUUUUCCUCCCAGCAACGCCCUCAACGCCACUCCAUGUAUGUGAGGAGGGAGCGCCACCGCCCACACGGGGUGGAAAGUGGGAUGGCGGGCCUCCCUGCUCCGGGGCAGGCGAUACCGACACGUGCCAGCAGCCUGCAGCUCCUCUCCCCUCAGCUGCAGCACCGGACCACCCUGACCGGACACUCAGUGAGCUCAUCGAGAGAAGACUGCACAGAUGACAUGACCAGGGUUGGUAGAAGACAGAAUUACAAUUGAAUGAUUUGAAUUACAACCACAACAUUCAGAGGAAUGACACUAACGCUGAUGAAGGGUCCAUUAGCAAUAUGUUUUGUUGAGCUUUUUCUAUUCUCAGAUGUUGACUGCCAGUUGGAGACACGCUUUACCCAUGUUACAACACUGCUGAAAAAUAGAGCAACUCUUUAAGAGAGUGUGAGGAUGUGAGCAACUAUAAGAAGGGCAAAAUAGUGAGUGUUAGAUGGUUAGGUUAGAGCAUCAUCAACAGUGCAGCUCUUGUACAGUGGUCCCAGACUGCAGUGGUCUAUAUCUACAGUGCCUUGAAAAAGUCUUCAUACCCCUUGAACUUUUUCACAUUUUGUCACUCUACAACCACAAACUUCAAAGUAUUUUAUUGAGAUUAUCUGAAAUGUGUGGUGUCCAUUGGAGAGCGUCUGUGAACAGCAAUUUUCAAGUCUUGCCACAGAUGCUCAAUGGGAUUUAGGUCUGGACUUUGACUUGGCCAUUCUAACACAUGAAUUGAUCUAAACCAUUCCAUUGUAGCUCUGGCUGUAUGUUUAGGGUCACUGUCUUGCUGGAAGGUGAAUACAAAUGCACACCACACUUUUCAGAUUUUUAUUUGUUUAAAUUUUUGAAAACCAUGUAUAAUUUUCGUUCCAUUUCACCAUUAUGUGCUACUUUGUGUUCGUCUAUGUGGAAAAAUCUCAAUAAAAUACUUUUAAGUUUGUGGUUGUAGAGUGACAAAAUGUGAAAAAGUUCAAGGGGUAUGAAGACUUUUUCAAGGCUCUGUACCAGAAGUUGUUUAAGGAAUAGAGACCAGGGCUCAUGAAUGACACGACAGAAGACUUAGACUUUAAUAUGUUAUUGCUGAAAAGGAGAUAAAGUAGAACAUUUUUGGGGGGUAUGAAUCAGAAAUCUGUUUUUUAUCUCCUAUCUAUAUUUUUGAAUCCAUCAGUCUACAAAGAUAGUUUAAAGUUAUAUCUUUUAUUCUAUGAUGAAGUUUUAUGCCAGAUGAUUUAGUUUUGAUUUUCUUUUAGGAUACUCAAAAGUGCAUAAAAAACUAAAUAAAGUGUAUUAAAUAUUUGUGUGCGUGUGUGUGCGGGCAUUUGAUUUGCAAGGUGAUGCAAGUGUGCAGGUUUCGUCACUGUCUCACAUUAUCAUUGCCUCUGCUUCAUGCUGCUUUCUUGUCUGCUUUGACCUGCGCCUGUCCGUCUCCUCAACAGAGUGAGCAGUCUCCUAAAGACAUGAGCCACCCCUGUGCCCCCAUCAAAGACUCUACGAGGGACAACACAGCUGCUUUUCAUACGCAGCGCUCUAAAAACGAGGUCCGACCCCCAAAGAUGAUUUCACUAACAGUAGCUCUUCUGACCUGCUGGUUGCCAUAGCUUUCUCUGUUUCUAUCAGGGCGAACAGCUUCAUUGCACGUUGUCGCUGGUAUAAAUGUAACCUCACUGAAAAGCUCUGAUUGUCCUGAAUGUCAGCCGAGAAUGUGAUAGCUAAUGAUAAGCAAAGAAGUGAUUUUAUGGAAAUGAUCGAACCCAACGCUCCAGAUUUUGAGGACGUAUCUGUUUUGUGUAUGUUUCUCAGGUCGGUAUGUAUCACGACCCGCAUGUUGAAGACGGAGGAUCAUCGAAGGAAAACAGGAUGAUCUUCACUGAGUCCAUGCCACGGAGAGUAGGCAGCUUCUACCGAGGUGAGGGACAGAGCCGCGCAAUAUUCACAGUUUCACUUUUUAAAAAAAUAUUAGCAUUUGUAAAAGUUCUUAAAGUCAUAUAAUAUAUAAAGAACAGCGGACACACAGAGAGACUGUGAUUUGAAGCUGUCCUGCAUACUUCAAUGUUUGCUCAUUUGAUGCAACCUUUGACUACAUAGAAUGGUCAACAUGUGUGAUAGCAUGCACAGGAGCAAUCUGCUACCCAAAACUGAUAAAACAUAACUGAUCAAUCAACUAAUUAAUCACUCAAUCAGACUUAAUUUGUCUCACACUUGUCAGCUAAAGUGUAGAACAAGGUGCCUUACGUGAAUGUCAACUUUAAUCAAAGCCCUGAUUCAUGUGCACGGUUUACAACAAGCAAACAAAACAAACAGACAAGAUCUUAAUAAAAGAUAAAUAAAUAAAAUGAUCUAUUAAAACAGGAUUGAAAAAAAAACUGAAGAACACUAAAAUGAGUUUAUCCUGAGGAAACACCAGAGGUACGACUUGAAUGUAAUACAAUACAAGAACUUUAUUGAUUUACUCAGGGAAAUUAGGCUGUUAAAUGUUCAAAUUCAAGACAGUAGAAAUAAAAGAACAAAAUAAAUAGAAGGAAACACUUACAUCAUAAAAAUAAUACAUAUGAUAAUAAAACAGUAAAAUGCAAUAACAGAAUACAAAUAAAUCAGUAAAACAGAUGCAAAUUUAAAUAGAUAUAUAUGUUAAUAAAUUGUAAAACUCAAUGAAUUGCUGAAAGGUCAGGUCUUAGGUUUGUUUAAUCCCACAAUUAGGAAGAGUUCACUGUCAUGGAUUUGUAAACUUCAGUGUCAGCAUCUUUCUUCUUUUUCUCACUGUCCCUCCUUCGCUCUGCUGAUAAACUGGAGGAGCAGCAGGUAUUUAUCGAUAGAGCUUCAAAUCAAUCACCUCUUAACACCAAACAGCCAAUUGAACUUAAACUCUCCUGAAAGACAAACACUUGCAUAUUCAGUAACAUGAUAAGAACAAGCUGUGGUGACAGAAAGAAAAUGUUUGACAUGUAUUUGAUAGUUUUAGAGUACAGUCUUUGAAUACUUACUACUCACUCUAUAUAAUCUAAUGCAUAUCUGGCCAAAAGGGCUGAUUUCAAAUCAAAAAGUGUGUUACAGGAAAGUGAAUCACCUAGGCGGGGCAAGUAUACUUUCAAAGGGAUUGAUAUAAAAAAGAACAAGGGACCUUCACAUCCUGAUAUAUGGUACAGAGGACUGCAUGUUUACCACAGAUCCUAAGUACUAGAAAACUGAGGGCCUAAUUCAAAGCUUUUCCACCCUGUGAGCGCUUCUAAUGAGCCCUAAAAGACAUCGUCUGGUUCACAGAUCCAGCAGAGGUUUAAAUGCCCCUCUUAACAGCGCUGCAGAGGGUACAGCGUCUCUGUGCAUGAGUGUUGUUUGUGUACAUUCAAAGGGGCCAUUAUGCAUUCAUAUGGAGAAAAAUAUGCUUCCAUCUAUGCAAAUUAGCCUUAUUGCAAAUAACACCUAAUUCACAAACACGACUCUUAAAGCCAUACAUAGAGUGAAAUGUUUACCGUCUGUUGAGAGCUGGGGGUGUGCAGGAGGACGUGGAAGCAUUGCUCAUUUCAAACUCUGCAGGGAUCGAGACACCAGCCCCACCACUGGAUGACCUGCGAGUGAUAUAUCUGUACAAAAGUCUGUUAAUAUUACUUUUAAAUGACUGUUUAUAAUAAUGAGCUGGGCUUAAAUAUUAUACAAUAUGUUACUAUUAUCAUUAUUAUUAUUGUUUUUGUUGUUAUUUCAUUAUUUUCAUUAUGGUCAUUAUUUUUAUUGCUAUUAUUAUUAUGAUGAUUAAUAUUGUUAUAUAAUAAUAAUAAUAAUAAGAAGAAGAAACUGUUAAAGCACGUUAUAGAUAAAAUUUAUUAUUAUAAUGAAUAUUAUGAUAUAUAUGUAAAUCAUUAGUGAAGAAGAAGGGGUGGGACUAGAUAAGUUUCGACUUCUUCCCACUCCUUUUUGAACAUGUUGUAUUCUUUACUUUUUUAUUAUUUUUUUCAUAUGUUCAAAAUAAAAUUCAAUCAAUCAAUCAAUCAAUCAAAAAAUAAAUCAGUUUGAUGUUGUCUCAGGCUCAAUUCCUGCACAUACAGGUUGUGUCAUUCUUCUUAAAACGCUUUAGUUUUCCAUUCAAAACUGGAGCAAACUGCGCAAAGCUGCAGAGCUUUGUGGAUGUUUCUGUGCUUGAAUAUCACUUUGACGUUCUUUAAAUUUUUGAUAACAUUUACUGUCACAUUUUCAGCUUAUUUUGUCAUCAUUGGUCAAAAGACACAAAGUCCUGGUGAGAUGUUGUGAAAGUUGUGCUGGAUAAAUUCAUUCAGGGUUAUUGAAAGAUUAAUGGGAAACGUCGGGUUUUGAGGGUGACGGAACAAGAGUUUCCAACUCCUCCUGCCAUGCCCUAUUAAGCUCUGCAGGAGGAGAUACAUAAUACAAGAGGCAGGCUUUUCAACUUGGACUCAUACAAACAAGGCACAAUGGAAUUUGAGGAAUACGAGUAAAAAAGAUGAAUUUGUAGAUUAAUGCUGUCCUGUUAGAAACUUGCAGAGAUAAAUCAUAUUUUUGUAACCACUUCAAUUUUCUCUUGUUUUGUUUCUCUUCAGUCCCGUCUCCCAGACCAGACAACUCCACUUCUUUUCAUGACCCGGUUGGGCAGGGUCGAGGGCCGGUAGGACCUGUAGUACCCGGAGACCCUGUUGUCAUGGCUAACCACUCCAAACGUCCGACAGCUUUUGACUGGUGAGGGUGUUUUUUUUAUCGCUACAAUGUUUGAUCAAGAAAAUCUCAUAAACAAAGUGUCCACAUUUACAAAUCACUGCAGAUGUUAUUGAAUUUAAAGUCUGAAAAACUGUGCGAGUAUUCAAACCUCAGAGGUGUCCUUUUGCAUUGUAUGAGUGUGCAGUACACAUGAAUCAUUUUUUACAUUUUCUGCAUACGCCUUACAGGACUGCAGCAGAGGCGAUGGUCAUGAAUCCUCCGGAGCCGACCAAAGAAAAGGAAAAACAAGGCUUCUUCAGAGCCAUUAAAAAGAAGAAGAAAAAGACACAAAUAGUAAGAUGACUGAGGCGACCUGCUGUCAGAAAUGUCUUCUGUUCAAAGUGUGUUUUUUUUCUUGUUUGUGCUUCACUGUUUUGGUUUUUGUGUAGUAAAAACUGAUCAGUACGCUCUCUUAGUCUGGUGUAGUGAUACACUGAAUUUUCUCUUUAACCAAAGAAAGUAACAGUCUCUUCAAAAUCAUCUCUAUUAGUACAAAAAAUUGCUAUUUUUUUAUUUUCUUAUUUCCUUUUCUUUUCUUUUUUUUGCUUUUUUUCAACAUUUAACUGCUACUUUAGGGGUUAGCAAUGUUUAAAUAUUGGCUUGUUUACUUAUCUAAUCAACCAAGUAUGGAAAGUAUGGAAAUAAAUUUGAUCAGUUUCCAGGUCUUAAAAAGUAUGGAAAAUGAAAAAUAAAGUAUGGAAAAAUAUUUAUGAUCCCAAACUAUUACCACAGUUCUAAAAUACUGUUUUCUAAAAUAGAAAUGUACAUAUUUCCAAAAAUAAUUCUAAAAAUUAGGGUAGGGAAAAGUAUGGUAAUUCCAACUGUGUAGGAACCCUGAACCUACCGUUUAUCUCUUGACCUGUCGGACCUCAUGGUAUUGAUGCCAAAGUCAUCAAGUUAAAAAAAUGGAAAAAUUAUGAAAACAGUCUCAUCAAAACUGUCUCCUAGUAAUCGAAGCAUUAUACUGGUAUUGAAUAUCUUGUGUCUAAUGUAAGUUUCAUUUCUUUAAAACUGUAGAGUUUGUUUGUCUAAGUUUAGUCCAAGCUGUCAGAGAUGAUUUGUGUUGAAAGUUGUGGCUUUUGCUCCACAGACAGACAUGGAGGACGGGAGGAACCCCAGCAUCAAGAAAAGCCUUUUCCCCCUCUUUAGCUCUAAGAAUAGCUUAAAGCACAACUCAGCAGUCAAAGUCCUACCUGUAGUGGCCUCGCCUAUGGUACAACACCAGCCUCCUGCGCCCUACCCUGCCUCACCAGUAAUCUAACCUCGACACUUUCGCUGCAUGUUAACUCACACUCAUGACCUACUUUUUGAAAUCCUCUCAAGAGCUCGAUGGCUGAUUGACUGUGAAAUACUCCAAAUUGAAAGGAUUUCAAAUACGUUGAGGGGUUAAUAACAGCACGCCGUUUGUGCAUCCAUUCUGUCUCACUAUAAUGUAUGUCAAAAGAAGCCCCCCCUCCCCGCUUUCACAUUGUAUUGUUAAGACAUUGAUUUCAUGCUGCAGUGUGUGCUGUUUGUGAGGCCCACACGUCGAGACUCAUCCUUUUCAAAGAAAACAUCAGUGUAUCAUAAGAGGGCCAUGGAUGUAUUCACCGCAUUUGUACGCACGUGUACCCACACAUGUAUUCAAACUCAUUCUGGGAGACAUUCACUGACUGCACAGUGCUGUACAAUAGCCCUGUAAAAGUCGCUUAUUAAAGCUUGUUAGUUUUCUUGCAGUGUUAAAUGAGAGGGUCAGUACUGCUCUUAUAUCUGUUUGAAAUGAAGCCACAGCAGCUGGUUGACCUAGUUUCACUUUAAUGCUGUAGGUUUGGGGAAACAGUUGACUCCAGUUUAUUUACGCCCCUUCCUCUCUCCAGUUUGUCAGUUUUAGCUUCUUAAACAUGAGAACUUGCUCAUCUCCAAGAUUCGGUAUCAGUUCAAACUUGAUUUGUUUUUGAAAAUAUAAACCUUACGAAGAGAAAUCUAGAAAAAUUCAGAAACCAAACAGAUAACCAGCAGAUACAUUAGAGUCUAAACUUACUCAGAGUGAAGACAUUCACAGAAUUUCUGUAUUCUCUUCACAUCAGUCAUCGCUUUUCACCACCGCCACCUUUGUGUGACAUGUCUGCUGCUCCCAGAGGGAUGCAUGAAGAAGCUCACCUCUGAAAAUGUCCCUCAAGAUGUGAAUAUUCUUACUAAAAACGCUCCUGUAUGUUUUUUACACUCAGGUUCCUGGUAACGGACAAGAGCACAUGUCUCUGCAGAGAAGCUCAAAGUCCACGUCCCACCACGGCAGCCGACGGAAAAACCGCGAGCGAUCCAGAGACCGGGAGCGGGAACAGAGCCGGGACCGAGAACGAGACAGAGAGAGGGAGCGAGAACGGGAGAGGGAGAGGGAGAGAGAGAGGGAAAGAGGGAGGGAGAGAGAGAGAGUGGGUGAAUGGCCAACAGACAAACCAGUGGACUCGCACUCUCAGGUACGGAUGCUCUGAAGACUUUGAUUUGCUCUUUAUGAAGAUCACACAGAACAUCAACUAAGUUAAUCAAAGGGCCAAAAUGACACAACAACAAUACAAAGCCUCAGUAUUAAUUAUCGAGCGUGGUAUGACAGAGUUUUAGAGCCAGUCGUUAAUUUAGUCAACAGUUAGCUGCAGAAGACUGUUUUGAAAAGGGGGUACCAAAUAUCACAGCUUUUUUUUACACAGUCUUUCCAGAGUCCUGGUUCUUACCACAGUGUGAUGCCGAGGUGCCAAAACAUUAAGAACAGUUUGAGGCGACACUCCACGUCCCUCAUUUGAGUCCAAGCAGCUGGCUGUUUGUCAACCAUAAACCAAAGCAAUGACUUUAUACUCAUAACAUGGUAGCUUUUUUAUUGAAAUAUUGUGACUUUACUACGACUUUAUUUUAGUGAUAAUGGAACAGCACAGCUUGGUUUGCUUAUGACUUUAUGAAAUGACAAAGAAAAAAAGUGAAAAUCUUCAAGAAAGAAGUUUAAAUCUUAAAUAAAAUACAGAUGUGUGUUUUAUAACUUUUGAACUUCAUCAUGUUUAGAUAAGGAAAGAUUAGAUGCUUUGAGUAGAAGCUGUUCACAUACUAAGACUGUUUAUUGAUCUGUAUCCAGACUGAAACAAGCUAUGUUUUCCAUGAUUCACCCUUAUACAAAGUUUUAUGAAAACUGGGCAAGUAUAUAAAAUGAAUGAAUGAAUAAAACGUAACAUCAGUCCACAGAUCAGGGAUAAAUUUAGAUACAUUGGUAUUUAGUAUGAUCAUCUAAAUAUUGUGUCUGUUUUUUUCUAACAGAGUCAGCCUCUGAAGUCCCUCCGCAGGCUCCUUCAUCUCUCCCCGUCCUCCUCAAAUCAAGGACAGCCUCCUCCUCCUCCCCCUGACCUGCGCUUCCAAGCCCCCCUCCCAAACCCCCCUCAGCCCUCCUCCAAAGCGGGCUACCCCGAGGGUCGAGGGCACACUGAGAGCAGGGCACACACCGGGGUGAGCAGCUCUGCCCAAGCCAAGAGCCGAAAGACCAGCUACCCCCUCCCCGGACAGAUCGAGUCCACCUGGCACGUGUCGGCCCUGCAGCGAGCUGAGGGCGCUCAGUUCACCCCUGAACAGCUGGGGAUCAAACCGGGACAGAAUGGACCCACUUUUACCCGGGCGUCCCGCAGCAGGAUGCCCAACCUCAACGACCUGAAGGAGACCGCACUGUAAGACCCCUGAACCACACCUCUUGCAGCGUGUCUCCAUCCUGAAAGCAUCUACCUGACACGAACAUCCUGGUACUGUAGUGAAAGUUUACAUGAAAAUUGAUUUCAUUGGAUCGAGUCCUUGUUUAGAGAAGUAGUUCUUUUGUUGAUGCUCGUGUCUUUGAAACCGACAAAAACUCAACUCUAACAGGUCAAACACACACGACACUAACAGUGCAUUUAAGAAAGUCAAAGACAGGAAGCAGCUCUAUGUUAUUCUGAUCUUUCCUGUUGAGGAGACACUACCUGUGUGGCCUCUCUGCUGCCAUCUGCUGCUCACAGGACACUACAGCAACAACAUCAGACAGCCACUGUCGAAGCAGUGACAGAUUACUCAAAUGUUUUUCAUGCUCUGAUAUUUGAUAAAAACAACAACAACAGAAAAAAAAAUAUUUAUAUCAACAUUAUUUAUUGAAUAUUUUUUUGUUUCAAUUCAAGGAUAUAAGCUAUAAAUGACACAGUAUGUAGGCUAUAUGGGAAUAUUAUAAGGUAAUAUAGAGAUUAAUGUGUAAUUGCAAGAGCUUUAGUUUCAACAGAGAAAGGCAUAGAUAUUUAUGUGUUGAUAAUACAGUAUGUCGAGAGAAAUAUUUAAUAAUGUUGAAUGUCCUUUUUUUGUUCAAUUUGAUAUGUUACUAACAGAUUUUCAUGUUAUAUCAUGUUAUUUUUACCCCUUUUCUUUUUUUUUUCAUCAAAAUGUAAAGAGAUAUUGAUAGGUAUUUGUCACCCUAAAUAGAAAAAUAUCUGGGACAUCACAUCUAUUACAAAUCUGCCAACGACCCUCAAGAUAUCAGUUUUAAUGUUUACGACAGGUCGGGGUUUUUGCCGACAGUGUUUGGUAGCAAAAGAGCCAGAGAGAGACUUGGCGGCUCUGUGCUUCACAAACAGUCAUCAUCAACUCUAUGUCCCACCUCAGUCUCUCAGUGCAUUUAUCAGCAAACACAUCUCUCCAGCUCCAUGCUGCCAUGUUAGUUUUGUCUACAGCCUUAACAGCAAGAAAUGUGCAUCCACACUUUGGUGCCCAUCAGUGUUGAAAAGUUGUCCUCUUUAAAUGAGGCUGUGUUGGAAAUUGUUGUGGAUAUCUCUGAAAAAAGGCAAACCUCACCUACAACCUUUAAGAUCUUCAAGGUGAAGUCUGGUGGAGUCUUAUCCUGUUUAACUGUCAACAAAAAAGAUCCCAGCUGAAAAAAACGCCUAAGUGUUGUCUAUGUAUCUUAAAUCUAAUAAUGAUUAUUACUCUGAGUUAAAAGCUGUUGAAAUAACUUCCUUUGUAAUAAUAACCUUUCAUACUACUCACACCACACCACACUGAUGUAAAUCCUGACUAGAGAGCCAGCUGUGUGAAUCGACAGCUGGAAAUGAUACUUUAACAAAAGCAUUAUCUGCUUCUGUUUUAAUAAGGUCAACUCAAAACAACAAUAUUCAUCUGGGUUUAGGUAAAAAGAGUCCAAAAUGAAAAGAUUGUGCUUGUGGAUUCCUCUUCAGGAGAGUCUCACUGAAAUAUUCUGACUUUAGAGAUGUUUUAAAGUAGUGAUGGGCACAGCAGUUCUUUAAGAUGUACUGAAUCACUAGAAGCAGUUCACCAAAAAGAUUCGUUCAAAAGAUUCGUUCACCAAAUCACCGAAUCAUUAAGCGCUUGGCAGGAGAAGCCUGCGACUUCAACCUCCCGAACUGAUACACAGCUGAAUGUUUCAGGAUUCAGUUCAGAUCGUAGCUUCUGGAACUGGGAGACGAGAGUGUUUGGCUGCGUUGCUUUGGCAAACAGGUUUGGAAAAUUGAACUUGUUCAUAGGUCAUGAUGUUUUAAGUGUACUACCUAUGGUAUGCUAUUUACCAGGUCUGCUCGGUGAAUAGGGCUCAGUGUGAUUCGGUCACUGAACGUUUAGAAGAAUUCAAACUGAACAUACCCCCCUCUCCACAUCCUUGUGUUUUGAUUUGUUGACAGAAAGCAAAGUAAGUCCCCCCCAGACUUCUCCUUUAAUUUACAUGUUUACAUUUCUCUGUGUGCAUUUAAAAGCUUGUGUCAUCAAAUUCUUCUGUAAAUGCCUUUUGUAAAUCUGAAUUUGGUUAUCCUACCGUAUGUGCGUAACAUUUUUUUAAUAUUUAUACCCAUAAUCAGGGAUGAUUUUACUUAACUCCUUCAUUCAUAAAAGCAUUUAUUCCUCACUUAGUGACAAUUAAAAUUAAGUUGGAACUAAACACUAUUUGUGGCCGAGGCAAAAUACACAGCAGUGGUUUUUUCCAAUCUUCCCUCUUUCUCUGUUUCUGCAGAAAUGCUUGUAUACCACAGAAAGGGGGAACAGAGGAGAGACGGAUGGAUGCAUUUGUUCAAAUUUAAAGGCUCGAAAGAGAAUCUAAUGUUUUGUUGAUGAAGUCAAACAAGAAAAAAAACACAGUUGACCCAUGGCUGAUUGAAAGCAAUAACAUGCAGGAAGAGAGUCAGACUAAUUAUUAAGGUCAAAUCUGUUGCUUGUUAAAUUGGAAUCAAAAACAGCAUUAGAUAAGGAGACUGUGAUUAGAUUUAGUGUAAUUAAAACAUCAUUCUGCAAUAUGUUUUUUAUUUUUUCGACUGUCCGUAAAUGUGACUCCUGACAGGUUCAGCUGCCCCUUGUUGUGUACUUUGAAAAAUCCUGAUUGUAAUGACUGUACAUGACUGCUGAUGUGGGUUUUUCUGUAUUAUUCAUUGGACAGAGUGAUGACUAAGCUUGCCUUGCCAGUGACCCGAAGCCUUACAUUAGUCGACUGUCUAAACACUUCAGAUGGAAACAGAGGCUUCAGUCCCCAGUGAGUCACUUCUGCUCAGAACUGAGGGUUUUUUUUUUCUCACAAUAUGAAUGUGUUUCCUUAAACAUCCGUUUUUUUUUUUUUUUCAUGACGCUGUUCCCCACUUCUUACAGGGUGUAAAUAGAAAUAAUAGAGUGUAUCUAUACUGACCAUUCUACUUUAAAAACAAUAGGGUCUCAUAAUAAAAGCCAACCGUACAUUUUUGAA